UAAAAACAGCACUUGUAAACAAUUCUUUGUGUUUCUAGGAAUGACUGUGGACGUGCGGCUUUUAUUUUGAAAGUGAACAGGAAGUGCUUCUGUUUUUCGCUGUCUCGACACCUUCCUGCUCCUCUGAAGUUGUGGUGGAAGUUUCCCUCAGAUCCAUCUAAUGAACUUAGUUCAUUUAAAAAGUGCUGCAGAGAGAUGAGUGGACAGACCGUCCCUGCGGACUUUACAGAACACAUGUUGGACCUGGACGAGGACGAAGACCUGGAGGUUUUCAGCAAGGUAAAAGAAAAAAGCCUCUAAUCAAGACGAAAGCUUGAUACUUUGAAAUGCUUGCCUGACUUGCUACGUGUAUUUGCCACAUGUACUACUUUCCCUCGUUUAAAGUCACACUUGUAGAAGCAAAUAUGCGUGAGAAGUUUAGUACAGAUCUUGUGACAGUCUGUGGUGAAUCGCUGACUGUCACGAAGAAAGGCCAGCUCUCCGAGUUUCCUUGAUCAGCUGAUGGGCUGACCUUAGGACCCUGCUGUCCUGUCUGCUUUAAGAGUGGAUUUUAUGGAAAGAGUGGUGCUAAACUCAGUUGAACUUGUAAAAAGUUUGAUGUUGAAGCUUUAACUACGAAAAACCCGCAAGAACCUUCACCUGUGUCCACGAAUUUAAUUCAUUCAGGCUCCAAAACAACCAAGAAACAACCACAGAAAUGGUAGCUUUGGAUGAAUUAUAGUAGCAGAAUAAGACUUAAGGAUAAUGUGUUUGUCUGGAAGACUGUAGCCCUUUAUUGCCCUUUGUAUCAUAUUUGAUACAUACUUUUAUGAUACUUCUAUCAAAUCAAUGUGAUCAGCAAAUCACUAAACAACACCUGAAUACAGUCCGAUAACUGAUAAAAAUGUCCUCUUGUGGUUUAUCAGUUUCCAAAAACAUCUAAUGUAUCAAACAAGAUCAAUAAAUAUAUUCGUUAAAUGUUAAGGACAUUUUGACUUUUUUGUUUUUCAGUAAUAAGUGAAAUAAACAUUUCAGCUCCCAAACUAUUUGAAUUUUCUGGCCAUAAUUUGUGGUUUCAGGCAUUAAAGGGUCUGUGUUUUGAGAACAUUUGUAAUCACUUAAGUUUGAUUGUCAUAAUGGUUAUUCUUGAUCUGCCUGCACAAACAUACUAAUGCAUUACUCUGGGUUAGCACCAAGACUAACAGAUGAUUUAAAUAUGCCAAAACAUAUAAAAACAAAGACUCAAAGUGGUUAAAGUAAAUAUAUGUCUAAUAUAUCUCGAAUUGAUAUUUCAGUGUUCACAGGGAGACAGUGGACAAAGUAAGAUGUAAGAAUAGAUGAUAUAAAACAACAUAUUAAUUAUAGGUGUAUGUGGAUAUUAUAGUUUAACAUUUUUGAUAUUCCCAUGAAGGAUCAGUGAAAUGGCUUUCUCGGCUGCUUUGCUUUUUGUGUAACAAUACCAAUAUGAUUUCCAAUGUGCAUUUUUGAAUUACAGCUCCAGCGUAUUUACUUUUCAGACAGCCAUGCUGCAGGUACAAGCAGUAUAUGAGGGCCUUAUGUAAUACAUGACUGAGCACACCUUCUACUACACAAGCCAAUGUUGUAAAGUUUGCCUUUGUCAUAUGAAUGUAGUUUUGUGCCUUCAUGAAAGUGGAGAUGCCAUUGUGCUCACUGUUGGUUGAUCGCUUGAUUGAUCUGAUUUGUGAGUCAGGUAGCACAUGCAUAUUUCAAACCCCGCCCCAAACCGAGGGAGUGUAAUUUAUCACCUGUAAUGCCCCAUCACCACAGCAAAAACAAGUUUCAUUGACUUUGUAUUGAAUGAAGUUGCUUUCCUGUUGCUUUGGUCUGCCAGCAUCUGAAUGAUAAAUGCUUAAAUCUGCUGCAAUUAAGAGACACCUCAUACAGCGGACCUGAAGCUGUUUUCCCGAGGCAUCAAUAGAGAGAAGGAGUUAAGAAGUGCAGACAGACAGGGCAAACAAGGACAAUGUUAAAUUUCUACUCUCAGUCUUUGCGGGACAAUUUUAAAACUAAAUGAGGCUGAUAUGAUAUUAGUUGGUUUAUAUAAAUGUCUUGUCAAAUUUUACAUCAAAUAUCAAAGUUUUUCACUUCAGGUCCUUCCUUGGGUUCAUAUGUAUUUUUACAUGUAAGGUGGACACUGAGCGCCCAGAGAAUCGUCUCUCAUGCUUUUGUCUUUAAGUGACUUCAGUAUUUAAUCAUUCAGCUAUAAGUAGCAGUGCAAUUUUUUAAUGAUUAAUAUGCUGUUCCAUCCAUCCCUAAACCCUGCAGUCCACGUGUUGAUAUUUUCUUUGGUCUGGUACAAAUUUUGGUUGUUGCUUUUUUACUAUUUUCAAUUAAAUAAAAGAUUAAAGUAGAUUAUGUGGACUGUGAUGAUGUGAAGGACCCCAAUGUCUUGGUGAUGUCAUGUUUUUGGAUGUUGUCCUGUUUGUAAGCAAAGUCAUGGUGUAGUUUACCGUGAAGCAGAGCACAGUUUUCCAUAUCGUGGAAAGUUACAAUUUGUUCAUUCAUUUAUUCAUUCUAAACACAUUUUUCUAAAAAGCCCUGCCAUCUGUGGGUAAAUGUUUCAAAUGUGAUUCGUUAGCCGGUACUUUGGUUUUACGAAGUCAGGUGUCAAUGUUAAGCGAAUUAUUUCAAAAUGGCCUCAAUUCCCUGAUUAAUCAACAAACAGAUGAAAUGAUCUCUCUCUUGUUAGUGCCAUUGGUAAAUGGGAUAUUGAUAAAGUGAAAGUUGAUGUGUAAGGCAUAAUUUGGUAACCAUUUUCAUGUGGUUCUUCAUGUAAUUCGUUUGGGAUAGUCACCACUAUGUAGCAAGCCCAGUUGCUCUGUAGGUCAGUGUUUAGAAGUAACCAGGGUCAAGUGUCAGGGAUUUUUGUAAGUUGCAUUUUAAAUGUAAUUUGGUGGCUUAGUUGAAUUAUCAUCAUGAUUGCAUCAAAGGAAGAGAGCAAGUCUGAGAUCAGGCUUCCAAUUACAUGUAUUUUAACACCAUAGCCUGUUAGCCAUGAGAAUGUGACCCAGCAAACUAUGUCUAUGGCUCAAUUUGUUGUGUAUCUUAUGUCUGUUAAUUCUAGGAGAGCAAAAACUACUUGGUUGUGGGUAGGAAAAUAUAACAAUCCUGGUAAAAGGAAUCCUUUAAACACUGUGCCAACCAGACCCCAACUUCCCCCUCCAGGUUUUUAACACUAUUCUUUUUACAAUAACACAGUCAGCUAAUAUUUGCAUUUCCUUCCUUGUAUGGAAAACAGAUUGGUUGGAAUGUCAGUGUAUAGUUCCCCUUUUCUGUGGGAUAUUAACAUAAUUGAAAGUCUGUUCCUUAUAACUCAUUACAAUACUUGGCAGUCCUGACACUCCAGUAGAAUCAAUGUAACUAAAAUAAACUCACAGUAAAGACAGAGUAAGAAAGUAGAGAUGACUAAAAAAAGGUUGAAUUAAUAGCGUGAAUUCUGAUGGGAAGUCAAAUUGAUGCCAUUCUAGCCAAAGUGCUUUUUCAUCUGAAACACAUAAACCCUGUUACUAUAGCAACUAAGCUGCCACUGACAUGAUCCAAAGCUGUCUCUCUGAUGAACCGCUGAUCUGUGGAUGUAUUUUCUCAGGUAUUCUAACAGGUUUUUCAAUGAACAAUACAUUCAGCAGGUUGUUAUAUCCACAGAGACACAAAUGUUAGUCGUAGCAGUCGUGGUUGCUCAUAUUUAGCAGGAUUUCAGUUUAAAUAAACAAACAGUACUCUAAAAGUUUCAAGAUAAACAAGUGCUUCCUUGUCUUUAUUCACAUACUAGAAUAAAAGAUGGAGUGAGAGCUCCUCGUUGGAUAUUUAUGGUCUGACGAUGACCAGACUGUCUGGGAGAGAAGUUUAUCAUCCUUGUUUUGAAGUGUGGAACAGUGGUGGAGGUGGAGCUUUAGGCCUGCUGCUGUCCUCAGCAGUUUUUCAGGCUGUUGUCCCACCACAGAGAGCUGCAGGCAGCACUGGAUCCUUCCAAUGUGUCAAGUUCACUGUGGAAAAACUAUUAAAUGAGUCACAGUGAUGUAACAUUUAGCUACAGUUACAUUUAUCAGAGUAAGAAGGAUUUUACUGAAAACGAUAGUAAUAAUCUGAUUUCAUGAUCAGGUUGGAUUCUUGAUGUAUUCUGUAUUUCUUCACCUCAGAGGGACAAAGAUAGGUGGGCACAUUAAAUCAGAAUUUAAACUCGCUUACACUCGAAUUCAUCAUGUCCCAUUUUUGCCUGAUAUUUAAGAUUUCAGCUGCUCAACAGUUCACAAUCUCCUUUGCUGUUUUUUGUGUUUCAUGACAAACCAAAUGUUUUCAUUUGGGACUGCAGGCGGGACAGUUUAGCACCUGGACUCUUCGACUAUAAAACCUUGCUGUUGUAAUUGUCUUUGCCGCAGCAUAUGCUCCUCCAAAUUGAUCAGCGUUAAUGGUGCCUUGCCAGAUAUGUAAGCUGCUAAUGCCACAAAUGCACUUCUUGGCAGUCACAGAUGCUGGCUUUUGUGAUUGUGUGCAAAUAAAAUGCUGGGUGGUUAUUUUCCUCUCUAAAAGGGAGGAUGUUGCAUCCAUGAUUUCCAAAAAGAAUGUCAGACUUUGAUUGGUCAGUUUUCCAACAGUUUGCAGUGUUAAAGGGAUAUUUCAGCAUAGAAUUAAGUUAGGGUCAAACACAUCGUAACACAGAGUGAAACAGAGUUAAAUGUUGCCGACUGCUUGCAUCUCUAGUUAUACCAACUUAAGUAAUGCCCGCACGAUAGCAAUACACAGCGGUGUACAUCUCCAUGCACACACCUCAAACAAAAAGCCACUUUAUAGCCACAAAUAAUGCUCAGAACAGCACCUAACUUCAUCAACAAUUAGGCCUGUCACGAUAACAAAUUUUGCUGGACGAUAAUUGUGCUACAAAUUAUCGCCGAUAAACGAUGUUAUUGACACCGUUUUUUAAAUUAUAGAUAAUGAUAUUAUAUGGCAUAAUAAUGCGAGUACACCAUGUCAAAAGUGAUAAACUUUAAUUUCCACACGAGAACAACACUGGUUGUUUUCGUUAACUAAAAUAUUUCCCUUUUCUCCUACGACGAAGACGUAACGUUGACGAGCUAAACAUAAGUCGGAGAUGACUAAAAUGUGACGAGACGAAAGUGCGUUUACGUUGAUGGGACAAGACGAAAAUGACGAACAGAGUUGCAAAACUCAGUCAGUUAAAUGCUAAACAUAUAGGAGCAGCUUCAGUCCGCUCUGACAGCUCUCAUCAGCCUGCUGCGCUCCUCCAACACACAGACACACACGCACGCGCGCGCGCGCACACACACGUGGUGUUUUGUGGUUGACGAAAACAAAACUGCUUUAAAGCCGAAAUAUUCCCACACUUGGGCUGUUGCGUUCGGUUUAGACACCAAAGCUGUCGUGUUCAUUCUGUUAGCUUGCUUUUCACUCACGACGCUCACUUGCAGCACUGUAUCCAAAAGUCUGUGUCUGUGUGCCUGUGCGCGCCAGCCCCCUCGUGACAAAGACACUGAAUGACUGACAGGAGGGUUCACUAACUCCGUUCAUUCCGCUAUAGAGCCAACGCCCCCAGGUGCCGAGAAAAAUGCGCAGAGUGAGACCUCUUCUCUCAUCCAGCGUGUUUGGUAGCGAGAGAGGAGGAAAACAAACGCACGUCAAUUAUCGAGGCUGGCAAAGUUAUCGACCUCGUUUUUAUUUAUCGAGCGAUAAGGCGAUUUAUUGAUUAUCGCGACAGGCCUAUCAACAGUACAUAUAAGGACCCAGCCAUCGUACUAGCCAUCAAACAUAUUUUUAACUUUGCCGAGUUUCUUUAGCAAAGAGACUAAACACAACUCACCUACUCUCUUCCAGCAGCCGCUUGUUUGUGGGGAAGCCGUGAUGACUCAGCAGCUCAUUUCCAUGAAGUAAUAAUCAUCAUAAUAAUCAUUUUGCACUGUAGACACGGUAGUUCUUCUGCUUUAGCGUCUCGGUCUGGUUGCGUUUCCAUGAAGAAAUAAUCAUAGAUGUUCUUCCUUGAGCUGUGAAACCCCGCUGCACACAGUGAUUGACUUGUAAGGGCUCCUUCACAAACAAGUGGCUGCUGGAAGAGAGUGGGUGAGUUGUGUUCAGUCUCUUUGCUAAAGAAACCAGGCAAAGCUAAAAAGAUGUUUGAUGAAAAGUGCUAUGGUUGGGACCCUGUAUGUACUGUUGAUGAAGUUAGGUGCUGUUCUGAGCAUUAUUUGUGGCUAUAGAGUGGCUUUUUGGUUGAGGUUUGCACAUGGAGAUGGAGAUUGCUGUGUGUUGCUAUUGUGCGGUUGUUCCUCAGUUGGUAUAACUAGAGAAGCAAGCGGUCAGCAACAUUCAUUUCUCGAGGGGGUGUCUAACUCAGUGUUACAGUGUGUUUGACCACAACUUAAAUUUACGCCGGAAUAUCCCUUUAAAGGGGCCCCAGAUGAGCCCAAGAAGGCAUUUAUGGAUCAUGUCUACAUAUGGCUUCCUCUGUGUAUUGUACAGGCAGAGUCCCUGGAGCUCACAGCCAUCUAGAUUAUUUGAAUAGAGGUUUUCAGUUCUUGCCAAAAAGAAAAUAGACAGAGAACAAGCCUGUUAGUUAUUAGGGUUUGUCGUGACGGUACAAAACUGGAAGUCCAAGUUGAACUUUUAUCUGUGAUCAAAUCUAAUACCAGCGCUGGCAAACCAGAACCCAAGCUUGUUGCAGCUUGACUGCUGUAAAUUUUACCGGGUUAGAGAACGGCAAAAGUUUUAGUUUUUGGCUCUAAGUAAACAGAAAGUCUGUCUGUAAAAGAGGGGAUGGUCUAAUUGGGGAUUAAUCCAUUCCAUUUCUGUUUUUCCAAAGUGUAUUUAGCCUCAAUCAGUUCUUACCCCACACACCAUCUGGAUAGGUUUGCAAAUUGAAACUGCGCCCACAGGGCCCAGAUGGUUCCCAGAGUUAGUGGUAAAGUCACACUGGAUGUAUCACUGUUGAAAAUUCCAACUUCUGAAAGUCAGGACAGUCAUAGUCUUCAAAAAUGCUGACAUAUGCUCCUUAAAAUGCAGAAUUUUUGACCUUUUCACAAUGGCAGGCAGAUCUAUAACUAGUUCAGUAAUAACAGCAGCAGAAAAAAAGUCAUUUUUUUUCAUAGCACAAGGUUGUAAAUGCCUAUAUCACCCCUUUUAGUGUUUUCUUUUUUCCUUUUUUUGCAUUUGAUAAAAAUAAAACAAUUUUAUAAUGACACCUAUGUAUGAUAAUCUUGUCUGAACCAUUUACAUAGAUUCUCAGUUACUUAAAUAAACAGGCCUGAACAUUUGAAAUGCUGUGAUUAUGAGUACAUGAAAGUUAUAGUAAAGGUGUUGGCUCAAAGGUAACUUUUUCACCACCUUCCCUUUGGGCUGGGCGAUAUAGCCUCAAAUCAAUAUCACGAUAUAUUGAGCAGUUCAUCUCAAUAAUGAUAAAUGGACGAUAACUACCCCACAAGCUGCUCACCCCCUCCCACAUUAACUUCGUCGACUUUAGCCACUACAACUUUUGAACCGUCCUCCAUCUCCUCCCCUGUCUUUCCCUCUUUGUUACAGACUAGGUGGGGUGGAGUCUACCUCAUCCAAAACCAACUUUAUUUAUUAAUUUAUUUUUGACAACGAAGGUACCGGCAUGGGCAAAAUGACAUUGGUUAUUGUCGUAAUUCUUAUCGGUUGAUUUUCGGUUUAUCGCCCAGCUCUAUAUUCACUACAUUACUCAAGAGCAGCCAACAGAUUUGUUUGCUUGCUGUGUCUGCAGACAUUACUAUUUUCAAUCUGCCUUGUGAGUGCAGACAGUGGCUGAUGCUGAUUAUUUUUUAAAGUCCCAUUGACCCUGACUCGUUGGUCUUGUUGGUCUAGAAUACAUCCCUGGCAGAUGAAAGUCCCAUGCCAAACUCCCCCAGCUCCAUGGUCAACCAAUACCGACUCGAGGAGGAUGAGGAGGAGCAGCAGCAGGAUGCCAGUGCCAAAGACAUCUUCAUCACAGUUGACAACCCAGAGAGCCACGUCACUGCCAUUGAAACCUUCAUCCUGUACAGAGUCGUUACCAAGGUGAGGAAGUGCAUGUCUGCAUGCAUCAAGCAGAGUGAAUGACCAUAUUCAAGGCUAUUCUGUAAUGACUGCUGUGAUGAGCUGAAAUAUUCAUAAGUUUGUGCUUCAUUUAAUGAUGCACAAAACAUCAGUAACUGUAUUAUAACUCACCCUUUAAAGGUUAAUCAUGUUAAUUAGGGGUUUUCGUUGCUUUGAACCUGAACUACUUUGGCUGAAGCAACAUUUCUUUAAACUCCUGCAGCAAAAGAGGGGAACAUGACAAGCCGCAGUGCUUUACUCAGCUCUUCUUGUAUCAAAAUAACCUGAGUACAAAUCUAACUAUGAUGGAAAUGGGGAGAAGAGGGGGUUGGAAACUUCAUAAAAAGGAGGUCAGAGUUUCCCCGCUGCUGAAUGUUUGUGAGGCUGGUUCAACUCUUUUAACAGAUCCUGGCCAAACUUCCCCGUGCUACUAUCCAGUGUGAUGAAAACUCUGCUGACAGUGCAGCGGAGGCCUUUCACAGUGCAUUAGGAUUUAUUACUGCCCCAUGAUCAGGAUGUGAACUCUGUACAUUUUUUUUAUACUGUGGUGUGGAAAUCUGAGGUUAUCUCUUGACAAACAAAAGUGUUGAAAAGAUUUAUUAGCAGCUCAAGAUGUAAGAUAGAAAUCUGUCUGUCCAGUUGAGUUAAAAUUGGGUCAAAAUAUGUCAAUACUGCACGAAUAAAGGAGUUUACAGAAAAAAGAAAGCUCUUUCUCAAAUUCUGGACCACUGGAGAGAUAAUCAAAAGAUCAGAGCUGUCGUAUCAACCCUUGACAAAUGAUACUUUGUUUAAGCAAACUUAUCCCCUGAAGUAUGAGCAUUUUCUUAAGAGUAUACUAGAAAUACGAACCCUCUUUUGAUCAUGUAAUUACAGCCACAUAUAAGUGUUACCAAUCCCAGAUACAAGAGUCAAAGCCUCUUUUUCUCUAAGUUCUCAUUUGUGACUUUUCCCUCCAGACAACGCGGAGUGAGUUUGACUCAAGUGAGUAUGAGGUACGCCGGCGAUACCAGGACUUCCUGUGGCUCAGAGGCAGACUUGAAGAAAACCACCCGACACUCAUUGUCCCUGUAUGUACAACACACAACACCAUCUGCUCAUCACAUAAGUGCUGCUGUGUCCACUUGGACCAAACCAAGCUCUUUGAAUAUCUCUAUAUAGCUUAAUCUGACAUACAUAUAGGAUUGUAAUUAACAUGACAUCUCUCAUUUGUACUUAAUGGUGGGAGAGAAAAUCGAUACAGCACAGUAUCGCGAUAUUUUGUCUGGUGAUAUAUCUUACCAUCUCACUGACAAAGUAUUGAUUUUUUCAAAUAUAAUUGUUAAUAUAAAGUCAAAUCUAUGAUAAUAGAAAAAAUAAAAUCAGUUCGUCAAGUGAGGUUGGCAGAAGUAACAUCAUAGAGCAGAGGAAAGUUAGUACAACAAAUAAAUAUAUAGAUACAAGGGUUGCAAGAUGUGCUACAUGAAAAUAGAGUACAGUGUAAAUAAGAUAAACAUAAAGGAAAAACAAAUGCUAAAUUAGCUAAACAGUUGAAAAUUUUUUAUAAAUCGCAAUACAUUGUAUCGCAAUACUCACUGUAUCGCAAAAUGUUAAAAAUUGCAAUAAUAUUGUAUCAUUGCCCAAGUAUCGUGAUAAUAUUGUCUCGUGGCCCAAAUAUCGUGAUAAUAUUGUAUUGUGGCCCAAAUAUCGUGAUAAUAUUGUAUUGUGGCCAAAGUAUCGUGAUAAUAUCGUAUCGUGCCCCAAAUAUCAUGAUAAUAUCGUACUGUGGCCCAAGUAUCGUGAUAAUAUCGUAUUGUGCCCCAAAUAUUGUGAUAAUAUCGUACUGUGGCCCAAGUAUUGUGAUAAUAUCGUAUCAUGGCCCAAGUAUCGUGAUAAUAUCAUAUUGUGCCCCAAAUAUCGUGAUAAUAUCAUACCGCGGCCCAAGUAUCGUGAUAAUAUCGUACUGUGGCCCAAGUAUUGUGAUAAUAUCGUAUCAUGGCCCAAGUAUCGUGAUAAUAUCAUAUUGUGCCCCAAAUAUCGUGAUAAUAUCGUACCGUGGCCCAAGUAUCGUGAUAAUAUCGUACUGUGGCCCAAGUAUCAUGAUAAUAUCGUAUCGUGGCCCAAGUAUCGUGAUAAUAUCAUAUCGUGGCCCAAGUAUCGUGAUAAUAUUGUAUUGUGCGGCCACUGGUGAUUCCCGCCUCUUAUUAGUAGUCUAUUGUAGAUAAACAUUUGAUUUUUGUCUCAGCUAUGAUUUAAACCUUAUGAGUCUGUACCCUGAUAUUGUGCUAGGGCUGUCACAAUAAUAUCAGACUGUCCCCGCAUGAAUGUCUUAGAAAAUUCAUGAUAACAAUAUAAUCCUGUUGCUGAUUCACAAAGCUUCCCAGUCUCAAGAGUUGCUCCUAAUGUGAAGAACUGUUAGGAGGAGUGAGGUGGACUUUUAAGAGGCUUAAGAGUUUCUCAAGCUGGGGAGGAAAUAGAGUAAAAUGAAACAAAUAGAGAAAUGCUCUCUAAACUGCGCUCAAGUCCACAAAUCAAUGUGACAACACUAAACUGGAGGGUGAUCGUGAAGUAUUUAGCUCCUUGAAAAUGCAACAGCUUCACUAGAAGUCUUGCAAAAGAAACAUCAAAAGAUUUACAAGGAGAGAGAAAAACAAAGUGAGGAUGGAUCAUAUACUGUAUAGACAUUCCAAAGGGAUUGUUUCUGUUGACCUGAACCCCUUAAUCUGGGGGGUUCAAGUCUAGUCUCUCUUAGAUCUGCUUGUUCAUGUUGCGUUUGUUCUGUCUUUUUCACAUCUUGCCGUUUCGUCAGCCGCUGCCGGAGAAGUUUGUGAUGAAAGGCAUGGUGGAACGUUUCAACGACGAUUUCAUCGAGACCAGGAGGAAAGCUUUGCACCGCUUCCUCAACAAGAUCUCUGAGCAUCCCAUCCUGUCCUUCAGCCAACACUUCAAAGUCUUCCUCACAGCACAGGUGUCUCCUUCUCUCUCACAAACUGAGACACAAACACAUACAUACCCAUUGACAAAUCCUAAAAAGCGAGAUGUUAGUUAUGAUAGAAGUACUGUUGGUUCAAUUUUGGGCCCACAGCUGAAUAAAAACGUGUGUGUGUGUGUGUGACUCCAUCAGGAGUUGUCGUCUCACAAGAAACAGGGUCCAGGUUUUCUGAGCCGAAUGGGGGAGACGGUGAAGGCUAUGGCCAACUCGGUACGAGGCGUGAGGACCCGGCCGGAGGAGUUCACUCAAAUGCAGGAGUACACUGAAGACUUCAGUAACAAGAUCUGCUCGGUGGAUAAAGUCACUCAAAGGAUCAUCAAAGAGCAGAGAGGUAAAGUGAGCAAGUCAGAGACAUAACAGUCCACGGUAUCUGAAGACAAUGGGAAAGCUUUGCUUCUGUUAACUUCAAGUAGGUUCAAGUAAUUUGUGUCAAGAAGAAAUGUAUGAAAACAAGUUUUAAAAGGAAGACCAUUCAACAUAAUAAGAGAUACAAGACCCGAUCGGAUUAUUGUUAUAACCUUUUGUAUGUAUGUUGUUGGGCUGAUUUAAUAUACAGGUAUUGACAGUAACUGGCUUUACUGUUAUAUUGACUAUGAGUUGGAAGCAGCUCUCAAGUCCAGUACAGUGUUGGAGCUUGUGACUUUUGGGUAUCUCUAUUUGACAUCCCAAACUUUUCCUGCCUGAUAAAAAAAGUUGGGCCUUUUUUAUUUUAACACAACCACAGCGCAAGUUAAGAGUUAAGUAAUUAUCAAAAAAUAACACCGGGAUCAAAACAAAAGCAAUCAGAGUGGUAAGGAAGCGAGAGUGAACGUAAAACAAGGAUAUCUGUGCUGAUUGUGAUUGCAAACUUAGAGGAUGGAGAAGAAGAGAGGGGGUGAGUUUUUGCUGCUCCUCAAUGCCAACUCCUUCUCUUUCAUACGAAAGAAGAUUAGAGCCACAUAAAGAGAAACAAGGUAAUUACAGGAAAGAGAUUAAAGUCAAAAUUUUGAGAUCAAAGUUGAAAUUUCAAGAUUAAAAAAAAAUCGAGAUUAGGGUUAGAGAUUAAAAAUUAUAAUUUCCAGAUUCAAGUUGAAAUUUCAAGAUUGUGAAAUGCCGUGAAUACUGUCAAAAUUUUGAGAUUAAAAUCUUUAAAUUUCGCUUUUUAAUAUCAAAAUUUCGACUCUAAUCUCAAAUUUUUUGUUUUAUUUUUUUAUUUUGCCUCUUUUAAAUUUCGACUUUUAUCUCAAAAUUUGGACUUUAAUCCUGAAAAGGAAAUUUUAAAAAAUUUCACUCAUGUAAUGAUUAUUUUUUCUCUUCUUGUGGCCCUAAUCCUCCUUCGUACUUUCGCCUCAUUCCUUAGAUAGUGCAGGUUUUUUUUGUUUUUGUUUUUUUGUUGUUUUUUUUAAUUACUAUUUGGGUUCCCACUCAUCCUGGAAAACCUAACAAACCUGAAAUAUAGUAGACGGGUUUUGUAGUUUUGGAAAACACAUGACAAUAAGAGGAAAUCUACUUCAACUUUCUCCUAAUUCAGUAUCAGAGUUCCCAAUAACAAACAGCUCUGUACUUAUCAUUCCUCACAGGAGCUUCUUGUCCUUGAAGAGUGAGCAGGGAGCAUUUCACUCUACAAUCUGACUGCUUAGGAAUGCAAACUAAUCCCAUUUCUGCACACUCAACAUUUAACGUGUACAAAUAAAAUCAGGGGAGAUUUUCUGACCCCAGAGUGAACUGUGUGUUAGUGGACAAAUCCCUUUAAACGAUGUCCCUUAAGUACCUAAAUGAGCCGAUAUUUUAAAUGUGGUGGAUUGGUCUAAAAGCUUCAUUAGCUGCUAUUAGCAUAAUGCAUGUAAAUCUGUGACCAUGAGCUGAGUGUAUGUGCUGCAUUGUUGGUAUGAAGGCUCUGGAUGUACUGCUGAAUUCAUGUAGAUGUUUUUAUGUCUGUUUUAUCAUGCAAUGUAAAAAAAAAAUUCCAAGUGUUUUUGCAUCAAAUCUAUCAUCAACAUUUUAUAAGACUUCAUAGAAAAGUAAGGAUCAGUCAAUUUCACUCCAGCUCGCUUCACUCCUUGUUUUUUUUUUUUCUUUUGUAGAGUAUCUGGAUGAACUAAGACAGUACACUCCCACCUACACUCAGUGGGCGGAGUCAGAGGAGGAUCUGGCCGAGCCGCUGAAAGGCGUGGCCAGCUGUGUGGAGCGGUGUAGUAAGGAAACCGAGGAGCAUAUCCACCAUCUGUCUGAGGUCCUUCUCCCCGCCCUGCAUGAGUAUGUUCUCUGCGCUGAGACGGUGAAGGUGAGCAAAGACCAGACUGCUGCUACCUGAACUCCUCCCCCUCACUGGGAAAAGAGCAGACUUUUCUGACUGGUCCAUAUGUUUGAAUUGGGCCCAUUCCAGAAAGCAGAUUUAAUUAACUUUGAGUAUAUUCAUUAUGACUUUAAGGUAUUAUCUGUGGAGCAGCAAAACUGUCAAGCUCCACAUCGAGUCAGUAUAGAGCCUCAAAUUAAAAUCUUUGAGAUCAAAAUAUUAAUAUGAGCCUAUGAAGCUGAUUUGCAUUCAUGGGAGACCACUGGAGAUUUACAGCAUCACUAAAUCAUUUAUUAUAAAGCAUUUUUCCACAGUGGUUUAAAGUGCUGAAUUUCUGCCUGUCAGUUUACAUUUCAGUAUAUUUAGCUCAGGGUUUCCUUAUGCAGACAAAAAAGUGUAUAACUGUAAACCUCAUUCACCUCAAUAAGAAUCACGUUGCUGACCAACACUUUGAAUCCACUUUAAAGCGAUGAAAAUCUGUCAAAACAGCAUCUAAUUACUCUGUUUCUGCAUGAAUCAAACAGUAUGGUUCCAGUCUGGGUCUGUUUAGGUUCAAACUAAUAUCCACACCCCGAUUUUAGUCACUGAAAUUAUAAAUUAGAUCAGUAGUUCCCAACCAUUUUUUCUCCAAGGCACACCAAAGGACAAGUAAAAAUCUUAAGGCACACCUAUUGUGCAAAUUAGCCUUUAUAAUAAGUGUUAUCACUCAUAUCGUGUAAAGUAUCUAUAAAUGUGCAUAGUUAUUUACUGAUGCCAAAUUAAAUGUGACAAAGCUCCAUUUUCCCUCUCAUGCAUGUCUCUGUUUUAAUGUUUUAUAAUUUCCGCCUGCGCAACUGCACAAACAGCAAAAUUUCUUUUUUUUAAAAAUGUUUUUAGGUCUAGAGUUUGCCUGUUUGUAUGAAAUGAUACAUACAAAGUACUGAUACAGUAAAUUUAAAAAAUUUAUAUUUUUGUGAAGUCGUAUAUUGCAAUAAUAAUGUUUGGUUAUCACAAAAUCCCACGGCACACCUGGACUUGCCUCACAGCACACCAAUUGGGAACUGAUGGAUUCGAUAAUGUAAUUUCCUCAGCUGUUAAAAUUAGUUCUAACAGAAAUAACAAACUUUUCUAAAAGAGCCUCAUGUACUCUGUUUUCUCAGGCCGUGAUGAGACGCAGAGACAACAUUCAGGCUGACUACGAAGCCAAGAACGAAGCCCUUGCAUCCAGAAAAGUUGACCAAGAAGCAGUAAGUGGAACACUGACAGAAAAUCCAACACACACACACACACAUUCACACACUCCUCUCUUUCCACGCCGCCUCCCUCUGAGCCCGUCACUGUGUUUGUCUGUCCUGCAGUCAUCUUCCCCGAGAUUAGGUGUAAUAAAGUGAAGCAGAGAGUGGGGCCUCUCCCACAGGGCCACCCGCAGCUCAUAUUGGGGAGGAAAAAAAGGGCUUCCUGGGAGGAUUAUCUUGAUACCCAGGCUUGUUGGCUGGAAAUCAUUCCUCAGCUCAGUGGGAAUAAUAGCUGUCAAUAUUAUUUCACACUGUAAGCCCAGCAGCUAAUCGCAGCGUAAUGAAAAUUCCCAUAUCCUCUUUAGAUGACGACUCACUUCAAAAUGUCAGGAGACAAAAGAGGGAGACGGAAAGUUAGGAAAGCAAAGGACACGGCUAUUUUUAGACUCUUUACUCGAGCUUUUGCAUCAGUCUGCUGCUGUGAAAGUAUGUUUUUGUGUAUGUAGAUUCGCAGGUGUGUGUCCCCUAACCCGGCUGAUAUCGAAAUCCAUCUGUGGGGCUUUAAUUAAAAAGGAGGACGGAGAUUUUUUCCCCUUGGACUCGUAUUGUAUUCCUGUUUUAAUUAGCUGUGUGUGUGUGUGUGUGUCCAUAUGUAUGAAUGGAGCUGCUGUAUUUCAGCCCUCCUCUUCUAAUGCCUAUCAGUCAGCUUCUUCCUUAAACAGUUCUGCUCUAAUGAGAAUGGAAAUGUCAAGCAGAUGCAUUUGUGACUGUUUCUAACCAGGAUUUUGUCAUAGAGACCACAUGGCCUCAAAUGGGCUAGAUUACAGCUUAAUGCACAAAGAGCCUGUGUAGAAUUAGUACAUCUAUAAUGAUAUGAGGUUUCCUAAAGACGACAGUUCGUUGAAGUAAUUUUACCAUUUUAAAGCAUUACUCAAGUCUAACUAUUGCAGACCUAAUCUGUAACAAGACCAUGCUUAGCUACUAGGACUAAAACAGAUACUCAAACUCACUGGAUACGAUAAAUGAGUCCAAAUGAAAUUGCAACCGUUUAGCCGUUGAUCUUCUCAAAGAUCUUGACAAGUUCUUCUAUAGUUCACAGUUUGUAAAACCUGAUAUUGGUGUGAGAAAAUGGUCGAUUGUAUCAUUUUAAUCUGAAUCUUUUUUUUUUCGGCUGAGAUUUUACCAUUCAUUAGGGCUGGAACAAUUAGUCGAUGUUGUUGACAAAAAUCAACAAUGACAAAAGUUGACAAUGAAUUCCAAUGAGGCAUCUUACUUCAUUACGAUCUCUGUCUCGAGUCACAUAUGUGCUAUAGCGUCUCCGCCAAGCGGUAGGGUAUUCAAACAUGAAGGCACUGGCGUCCCAUACAGCAGCUACAGGGAAGGAACCCCAAAACCCCAAACUUUAGCCUAGAUAAAGCAAAAAAAUAAAUAAAUAACUUGCAAGGUUUGCAAAGCAGAAAAGAAAAAAAUCAUAAUUAUCCGAUUAGUCGACCAAUCGUUUCAGAAGUCGGUGACUAGAAUAGAAUAGAAUAGAAUAGAAUAUUCCUUUAUUGAUCCCCCAUGGUGGAAAUUGUUUUUGUCACAGCAGCAUCACAGACAAAGAGUGCAAAAAUGCAGUUAUAAAAAUAAAGAUCGUAAUAUUAAGAACUUAAAUAAAUGUAAUAAUUAAGAAAAAAUGUAGAAAAAGGAAAAAGGGAGAAGAAAAAUAAAACUAUCUACAAUAUACACUACAGACUAGUCGACUAUUAAAAUAGUCUUUAGUUGCAGCCCUAUCAUUCAUGUUGAAAAAUGGACAUAACGGUAAGUAAGCUUUGUACUGCUCGAUGGCAAAUCCUUUUAAAGUUUGUCUGAAGAUGAAGAUUUUAUGCUGCAUCAGUUUUUCACAACUAAAUGGAGAGGCUCUGUUUCAAAGUUGUGGACCUAUCCUGCUUUCACUUAUUUCUGUGUCACUUUGAAAGAAAACAGCUUUUUAAAAAACUUGUAUGUUCAGUAUAGGUAUAGACCCGAAAUCCCAUGAAGUCCUGAUGCAUUUGUGGCAUCUAUUAAUCAACAUUCGCCUCAAGCUAAAAAACAUGAGCUGUUAGUAAGAAAUAUCAAAAGCGAGAAGACAUGUAGAAAUGUUCCUGACAAUAUCAAAAUCCUCAGUUAUUAAACUGAAUGUCUUUUUUCUGUUAACAUUUAUUCCGUCUAAAUUGGAAUGAAUGCUUCCUGCAGUAAAUGAGUCAACCCUUCCAGAGGCUUUUCCUGUCUGUGCGUCAAUAACUCAAUUUAACCAGGAGGGGGCAGUGUUGCUCUGAGUAUGCACAAUGCACAGCAAAGAGGAACCCACCCAGAUGACAAAUUCAGAGUUUCUUUAGGAUUACACCAAAUAUAGAUAGAAUAACAAUACUAAUGUCGUUUGUAUAGCUUCAUUUGAUGUGAUGUAUAGAUAGGGAAAUAUGUUUUCAUACUUUUUAAAUGCAUUUUUUAAAUGAAGGACCAAAGCGAAUCUCCUUAAAAAUACCAGAACUUAGAAAGGUCACUUUUGAAAAGAGUUCAAUCUUUGUAUGAAAUACAGUUCUAUAGUGUUACAAACAGAUACAUUCAUUUAGGUUUACUAAAUUAAAAAAAUGAAUAUAUACUGUCAGAUUUUUCAUCACUGCUUCAAAGUUGAAGCUUCCCUGGGUCUAAUAUUAAGAAGGUAAUACACAGAGAGAAUGCCACUCAGCCAUAGCCUUUACAAGUUGGCUAAAUCGAUAUCACUGCAGUAAUAAGCAGGCCACUGAGAUCCCCACAGUUUGUACAUGCUGUGGAUAAGCCUGUGUUAAGCAUGCUGUGUUUAUUGAACUUGAGUAAAUGCCAGUGUCAGUUUAAAUGUCAGACAGCUAAUCCCCGCUCAGGCUCAGUGAAUACAGCUGCAUGAAAACAUCUGAUUAUCUGCACUCUGAUAAGAGGUUAUAUCAUGUGUGCUUUGGGUUCAUCACACAGUCUCAGGCUAAUUUUGCUCUUGUUUAUUCAGAAAUACUCUUAAAUUAACCUAAUUACUAGACUAAUUAGUCACUAAGAUGACAGCUGCUUGAUGCACUAGGUGUUUGCUUUGUGUGUUGAAUCAUUUUGUAAUGAUGAUCUGUUCCUAAUUUAAUGGUUUAGAGGCUACUGACUUGUGAACCGUGACACUGUGCAGUGAAACAGAAAGUUCUCUUAUUUGUCCCUCCCCAACCGCCUCCUCUUAAUCAGCUGGAGAGAAUCAACCAAAAAUAAAAAAGUGAAUUCAUGCAUUUAGACUCAUUAAAAAAAUGAGAACUGUUUUUUUUUAUUUCUUCUAGGGAUGUCCUGAUAUGAUAUUGAUAUCGGGUAUCCAUCCGAUAUCAGCAAAAAAACGGAUAUCGGAUUGUAUUGACCUGCAUCUAAAAUCUCCGAUAUCAGCCCUCCGAUAAAAGCAGUCCAUUCCAGACUCCGCUCCGGCACCUCUAUCUAGCAGCGCUUUGAUCCAGCAAACUGAACCCACAAAAUCACAACAGUGUGUACUCAGGUACAAACAAAGUAACAAGGAGUAAGAGUAAUGUUGGCUGUGUGGCAGUAUUUUUUUUAAGUCCAAAAAGACAUUGCAGCUGAGUGAAAAACUUGUCAUGCACAAUUUUGUGUCAAUAUCGAAUCAAUAUCGGUAUCUAUAAAUAUUGAAUGCUACAAUGUCGGUAUUGUAUCAGAAGUCAAAAAGUUGUAUCUGGUCACCCCUUAUUUCUUUAUAGUAUUUGGUGUAAAAAAAAAAAUAAAUGGCGCUGCAACUUUUGCAUAAAACUUUUCAGCCUUCAACCUAGUUUGUGCGAUACAUUAAUAUCAUAUCAUAUGAACUGCAGUUUGAUUUUAGAGAAUGACAGAAGUUUUUUUAUGAUCUGAUAAGAAAUUAAUUCUUGAAAUUUGUCUUUAAAGGGAUAUUCCGGUGUAAAUCUAAGUUAUGGUGAAACACGCCACCGCUUGCUUCUCUAGUUAUACCAACUUUAGUAAUGACCGCACAAUAGCAAUACAAAGCAGUCUGAGGAGCCAUACACAAACCUCAACCAAAAAGCCACUCUAUAGCCACAAAUAAUGCCCAGAACAGCACCUAACUUCAUCAACAGUACAUAUAGGGUCCCAGCCAUAGUACUAGCCACCAAACAUCUUUUUAGCUUUGCCUGGUUUCUUUAGCAAAGAGACUAAACACAACUCACCUACUCUCUUCCAGCAGCCGCUUGUUUGUGGGGGGAGUCUAUCACCGAACGCAGCAGAGUUUCGAAGCUCAGGAACUAAAACUUAUAAUUAUUAAUUCAUGGAAAUGCAAUCAGACCAAGUUUGUGAAGAACAGAAGAACUACUGAGUUUGCAAGGCACAUACAAGAUACACAAGAACACUGAUUUCAUUUCCAUGAAGUAACUAGAGAAGCAAGCAUUCUGUGUUUUGGUGUGUUUGACCAUAACUUAAAUUUAUGCCGGAACAGCCCUUGAAAUUAUGUCACCAAUAUAUUUACUGUUUUAAUACGUCUGUUCCUGUGCGAUGUUGUAUCAGUGUUAAAACUAAGAGGCUUCAUGUCAAUCUCAUGCUAUUUAUUUUGAAGUAAGUGGUGUUUGAUUUGAGGAAAAGUGGAUUACUUUGUUAUGAUUAGAAUCGUUUGUUAUCUCUGAGCCAAAUGUUGUGCUCUCCUCCUUUUUUCUGCUGACUGCAGCGAAUUUUACUCAUGAAUGGGAUAAUCCGAGGAAUCAUUUUUUGGCUGCCUGCUGGUCCGCACUCACAAAAUAACUUCAUCAUGGUGGCCCGCUUUCUCAUUGAUCAAGCUGUUCCACGACACUCAAAAACCAUUUUAAUAUUUCGCCAAGAGGAGGAAAUCAAGUAACAGGUUUUGAAAAGGUUAAGUGAGGAGGCCUUGAUCUUUAAAAAGAAGCUGAGUGGACUUGAAAGCAGGACUAAAUUCACCUGUCUACACUCUGUGCCACAGAUGGGUUUUUGGAUGUAUUCAUGCUGUGCCUUGCUGCAGCUGUGAGGGGUCACGACAGUGAUGUUAGAGGGUCCUGGCGUCUGCAGAAACAAGAUUUUUAGCCUGUGUGAAGUUGCAUGUUUGCUUUGUUGUAUCUCAAGUAUGAUUCAAGUUACAUUUCUCUGUUCCUACAAAUAUUAUUCUAUGAAGUUUUUUGCACACCAGUUAUAAAAAAGAGAUACUAGAAAACUUACUUUAGUAUCAAGAUUCAGGUUUUAAAAACCCUUAGUGUCAAUUUGAACUGCUGUCUCAACUUCCCAUAACAAGGAGAACACAGUAAUACAGUCACUUCACUAAACAGUCUCAUUAGCUGUAUAAUACUUAGAGGAGGGAUAAGGUCCAUCAUCUCUUUAUGUAAGAGUGUUGUUAUUUCGUUAUGUCAGCCUUCAUCUACUCGUUUACUUCAUUGCAUUGUUAAUCUUAAUUCACAUUAAGCUUUCAAAAUUUUUUGCUGAUGUCGGCCUUUGCUCUGAAAGCUUUGCUCAGUAUUACAAAUAAACCAAGACAAGGGAGCGAGAGCAAAUGUUGAAUAUUUUAUGCCUGUGUGGACCAGUGCCACACACGACAGCAUCUGGAGCCAAAGAGUUUAUCUCUGUUUUAGAGAGGCGCUUUUACAAACCAUUUACAUUUUAGCAAGAACCCCCCACCCCCCCAAAAAAGAUAAAAUAACAUAAAAAUAAAAUAAAAUAAAAUAGAUUGUUAAAUUUAUUAAAUCACUUGAUUCAUUUGAUUAAACACAAUAUCCAGAUAGUUUUUUUUUCUCCAAUUUUCCCAUUAAGUUAACAAACACAGACUCAAGUCACAUUGUCUUCUUGCCACCAAAGCUUGACACAACUCCUCCACACUUGUAGUUGAACUACCAACACCUUACAAACACUUUAAUGCAGUGAUUCUCUAAGUAUGAGGAAUGGAGACGUGACAGGUGGGACACAACAAACGAAAGGACAUUUUCAAUUUCAUGCCUAUUCUCUUAAAGGGAUACUCCGGCGUAAAAUUAAAAUCUAGUUAUACCAACUUUAGUAACAACCACACGAUAGCAGUACACAGUGGUUUAUGGCUCCACUCGAGGAAGUGCAGCGGAGUUUAGCAGCUCAAGGAAGAACAUUUAUGAUUAUUACUUCAGAAGAACUAGCGCAUCUGCAGUGCAAAAUGAUUAUAAUGAUGAUUAUUACUUCAUGGAAAUGAUCCGCUGCACUUGGUGAUUGACUUGUCAGGGCUUCCCCACAAAUAGGUGGCUGCUGGAGGAGAGUGGGUGAGUUGUGUUUAGUCUCUUUGCUAAAGAAACCAGGCAAAGCUAAAAAGAUGUUAGAUGGCUAGUACUAUGGCAUUGUUUGUGACUAUAAAGUGGCUUUUUGGUUUAGCUCUAUGCGUGGAGAGGUAAACCAUUGUGUAUUGCUAUCGUGCGGUUGUUACUGAAGUUGGUUUAACUAAAGAAGCAAACAGUCAGCAACAUUCAUUUCUCGAAACGGUGUCUAACUCGGUGUUUCAGUGUGUUUGACCCGAACUUAAUUUUACUCCGAAAUAUUCCUGAUCAUUCACAGUAAACAGAACACCCACACACAAAAUAAUCAUAAAUAGCCUACAUGUAGCUGAAAUUCAAAGAACAUUUAAAUUAUUAGACAGCGUUAGAUAGGCGACUGGAGAAAAAUGUAACAGUGAUUUAUUAUAAACAUGAUUUUACUUGUUCCUUGUUAGUUUAAUCAAUUUGACAGGACUUAAUUUGUCAGGACUUUUGUUGGGGCAACCGGCGAAAGUGGAGCUUGAAAAUCCCCCCUUGUUCAAAGUGGCGAAUAACCAUAAAAGUUUGAGAAGCACUGCUUUAAUGUGUCUUUUUUUUUUUUUUUUACUUGGAGGACAACAUUUGCUUUCCUCUGAUAAUCACAACCAUAAAAGACUUAUGAGUCAUGCUAGUUUUGUUAAAUAAAAAAUAUAUAUACUGUAUAUAAUGCAGUGAUGUUUCUUUCACAGAAACUUAUUCAGUGUCUUGUGUGUUUGACUUGCAGCUACAGGAGGAGGUGGAUGGUCUGGCAGACAGGGUGGAACAGGCCAACAAUGCUUUGAAGGGAGACUGGUCCCGCUGGCAGGACAACAUGAGAACUGACCUCAAAUCAGCAUUUAUAUGCACUGCCGAGAAGAACGUGGAGUACUACGAGAAGGUGAGCUCAAAGCCACACAGAUGGAGUGAAAGUGUUGGACCACAGAGUGUGGAUCUUAUCUUUCUCUGCUUUGCGGGGUAGUGCUCUCUAAAGAAGUUUAUCUUACAGCAGUGUGAAACUCUGCAGAGGGAAAUGUCGGCAUCGGCUGUUUUCUUCUGCUUCAUGUAAAUCACUUGGUUAGAAACUGACCCUGUGGCAGCAUUUACAAGCAUUGACACUAAGAAUCAAUCUUCUUGCUGAUGUUAGAGUCUGCUUUUAUGGAGGCAUUAAAUCCACACUGUUUCAUUGCAGGUUAAAAACUCCUGAUAGGAGGAGAAACAUAGCUGCAGACUUUAAACAUGGUACUAUUGUGAACACGUGGAUAUGGUUUUAGCAGACUUGGUCUAAAGCCAGUGUUUAACUGUUUUUGUUUUUGUAAAGAUGGUCACUUUUCCUGAGAGGUAGACUAACUAACCUGACUCGACAGGAAGAUAUAAAAGAUGGUCAGUCCGUGAACAAUCAUUGGUUGCCUUCAUUCUCGACCUCUGUUUUGUCAGACUUACUUUUACUGACUUGGACACUGUGAACACCUGAGCAGGGUAAUGCAGUCUAAUACAACACAAAGGUACUACCAACAAUUCGAUUUUUAGAAAGCUUCUGAAUGUUUGUUCUUUGUCGACUCGAUCAGACAGGUGAAUAUUGUUCUGUGUCUUUUUAGCUUUGCCUGAUUUCUUUAGCAAAGAGACUAAACACAACUCACCCAACUCUCCACCAGCAGCCAUUUAUUUGUGGGGAGAGCUCAGGCGAGUCCAUCACUGAGUGCAGCGGAUCAUUUCCAUAAAGUAUUAAUCAUCAUAAUAAUCAUUUUGCACUGCAGACGCAGUAGGUCUUCUGCCUUAGCGUCUUGGUCUGCUUGCUUCUCUAGUAACUUCAUGGAGAUGCAAUAAGAGUUCUUGUGGAUCUUGUAUGUGCACUGCAGACGCGGUAGUUCUUCAGUUCUUCACAAACUUGGUCUGAUUGCAUUUCCAUGAAGAAAUUAUCACAAAUCUUUUUCCUUGAGCUGCGUCACCCCGCAGCAGUCCAUAAUGGACUGGCCUGAGGUCUCCCUACAGACAAGCGGCUGCUGGAAUAGAGUAGGUGAGUUGUGUUUCGUCUCUUUGCUAAAGAAAUUAGGCAAAGUUAAAAAGAUGUUUGGUUGCUGGUACUAUGGCAAGGACCCUAUAAGUACUGUUGAUGAAGUUAGGUGCUGUUCUGAGCAUUAUUUGUGGCUAUAGAGUGGCUUUUUGGUUGAGGUUUGCACAUGGAGACGCAGACCGCCGUGUGUUGCUAUUGUGCGGUCGUUACUAAAGUUGAUAUAACUAGAGCAACAUUCAUCUCUCGAGGGGGUGUCUAACUCAGUGUACGGGGUGUUUGACCCUAACUUAAUUUUAUGCCGUAAUAUCCCUUUAAUAACACAAUACACAUCGGUGAAUUGUGAUGCUUUCACUGUACUGAGAUUAUUAGAUAUCAAAUUUGAAGAUUUUCACUUUUUCUGAACUAAGAUCUAUCUUCAUGCAAAGAAUAGUUAAAAACCAGCACAUGCUAAAUAAUAAGGACUGAAAACGCAGCUGUUUUCAUGUCUUGAAGAAUCUCUCUGGAGGGGAUUAAAGCUCAGAGAAGAAGAUGAAGAUAUUGGAUAAGCAGCAUAGCAGAGUGAGGCAGACACAUAUGAAAAACAAGACAGAGAAUAGGAGAGUGAGCAGUUGCAGUGUAGGAGAAACAAUCCUAUAUCCAGAUUAACGAGCGGGCUGAGCAGCGGAAGCAGCAGGGAAUUAAAUCGUGAAGGAGAACAAUGAAGCUAGUUGGGAGACAUAACAUCACAGCAGGAGCAGCACAAGACGAUGAAGCUGUUAGGGUAGUAAUUGUUAAGUCUUUUAUAGGUUUUAUUCCUCACAUGAGACUCUAAGCAUGCAGUUUGGAGUGAGAUGUGAUUCCAGUUUUACUUUGGAUGUAUUUGAUUCUUAGACUGAAUCUCUGCCAGCAGAGGGUAGCCGCACUACAGAUUUAUUUCCUCUCAACCAACUGGCAUUUAGGAGAGCUCCUAUAAGCUCCAGUGAAAGCUGUUGGUUCUUGAACAGUUCAUGGUCUGUUUAAAUCUGAUUAUUUCCACAAAUGCUCUUCAGCCAAAUGUAGAUUAGCCGGCUACUGGAACUUGAUAAUAAUAGGAUACAGAUAAUGUGUUAUAGUGGGAGCAUGACGUGCAACAGAGAUUUUUGGCCAGAAUCAAACUUUCAUUUAAGCUUUUGAUUAGUUAAAUGCCUCAUUUGUUUUUCCGACAGCCUAAUCAGACACCUCUAAUUAUGAGAGAUAAUCAUCACCAAAUUUUCAAAAUAAACCAAGUUUUAUACCUACAACUAAAGCAAGGAACAUUUUACCUUAAAUGCUAUCUAUUAGGGGUUGGAAUCACCAGUGGCCCCAUGAUACGAUAUUAUCACGAUACUUGGGCCAGAUAUUAUCGCGUUUUUUAUCAUUUCGCACUACAUUAAGUAUUGUGAUACAAUAUUUUGCGAUUUAUACAAAUUUUUCAAACGUUUAACUAAUUAAGCAUUUGGCUUUCCAUUAUGUUUAGCUUAUUUACGCUGUAUUUUAUUUUCAUGUAGCACAUCUUGCAAACCUUAUUGUUGUAAUAACUUUCUCCUGCUCUGUAAUGUCACCUCUGCCAACCUCACUGGACAAACAUUUGGUUUUAUUUUUCCAUUAUCAUAGAUUUGACUUUAUAUUAACAAUUAAUUUGAAAAAGCCAUUACUUGGUAAAUGAGACAAUACGAUAUAUCACCAUACAAAAUAUCGCGAUACUGUGCUGUAUCCAUUUUUUCAUCCACCCCAACUAUCUAUAUGAAUUAUUAUACUUCCACUUUGCCUCUUCAGAAUUAAAUAAUAUACAAGAUAUGAGAAUAUCAAACCAGACUGUUUCCCCUUUAAAUUUAAGAGGGAGGGGGAGGUAAUACAAGAGGUGACACAUUGAACUCCAUCAUGUUUACUUUUCAUGUCUAUUAAUAUCACUAAAUCAUUUCUAGUUUGUAAUAGAGGCUGUUUGUAUCUUGUUAAGCAAAAUACAAUUUUGUUUUAUCAAACGGCCGUGUUAAGAACUUGAUUGUAAAGGUCAGUACCUACAUUUAAUAACCACAGUCAGCUAGCUGUUUCUCAACAGCAGAGCGUCAGUGAAGGGAUUCAGAGUCUUGCAGACUAACUGUAAUCAUAUCAGCUGGCAAUGAGAAAUCUGGUUCAUUCAAAACUAGUUUGUCCAUGGUGGGAAAACCAAUAAAAGAGACAAAAACUGUAGAGACAGGCAGUAGAGGUUGAAGACUGAAAAAUAAACGGAAGAUGAGUUUGUGAAAUUGUGGUGUUUGAGGACUGGAUGUCACAUACGCGGAAACUCAAAGCAAUUAAGCAAUUUCAGAUGCAGAGCUGAUUCCUGCAGACCUGUUCCCCUGUGUGGUUUUGUUCACUUUAAUGGGAUUAUUAACAGUAAGAGGCAGGAGGUUUAUCGAUUUCAGUACCAUCUCAUUCUGCCACAACUUGGAUGUUGCAAUACCAUCAUAACCGGGAUGAACACAAAAGUUUGGUUUUAGUGCACACAUGAGGGAGAUUUACUCCCGCAUCACCUGCAGGGUUUGAAAUUAGCAUCUACCACCCACUGAAUGCUCUGCCUGGUGACUUUGCCCAACUUACCAAACCACAGAGCCAUAUCAGAGAAGCAUGACAGGGUGAUUUGUGACACAGAACUACAUAUACUGCUUUGACACUUCUGGGCUCAAUAACCAAAAGCACUGCCAGUGUUUGCAAAGAAAGAUAGUUGUAGUUGAGCGAUCAGGUGAACUUGUGCCGUCUCUAGAAAUGUGAGUGUGCUUGUUUGCCGUGCAUCUUUUCCCAUCAGCCUCCUGGAGUUUCAACAUUGGGGCUGUUUGCCGGAAUGACUCGACAUGUUUUGACUUGAGCCCAGCACAGCAUGAAUCUGAAACCGAAAGUCAUGUUUGUAAUUUUUGCAUCAUUACGCAUAACUGUGCAAAGGAAAAUGUGUCAAAACUCCAAGGAUCUACAGUUUUUAAAACAUUCCUGCAAGAAUCUAGAUCAUGUAUGGAGAUUUAUCGAUAUGCUCUAUUUUGAGACCAUUACUGAGUGGAGUUCCCCUGAUUCAAGUGUGUUGCAUGUUAGAUAAAAAUCCAAAUAUGUCUUGAAAUGAAUGGAUAUUACCAGAUCUCUUUAAAAAAGAGUGGCAUUUAAUACAACAUCAGUGAUAUUGUUAAAAUGCUUUAACUCCAUAUUCUGAUAAUAUCAAAGUAGUUCCAUCCCAGAGAUCAGAUAUGACAUUUAACAAUGCCACGGUUGAACAAUACUCAUUACAGAUUUCAUCAAAAAUGGGUCAUAAAGUAUCUGGGUGAAAACCUCCCUGCUCCCCUGGGGUCUGUGCUGCAGUGAGAUGAGUCUAGACCAAGUUUUUUUCCCAAUGGCUACACCAGUGAAAUAAUAGCAGACUGACUGCACAGAGCCUCCUCUGCCUGAGGCUUGGGUGAAAUUCACCUGGUGUGCAUGAGAAACAAGAGGGGCAUGUCAGGUCACAAAUAAAUUUACUAAAAACACUAAGAUGUUGAAAUAAAGAAAUGAGAAAUGUGAAAAGUAGGGGUGGGAGAAAAAUCGAUAGAGCAUAGUAUUGCGAUAUUUUUCUUGUGAUAUAUUGCAUCGUCUCGUUGACCAAGUAUCGAUUUUUUGAAUUAAUUGCUAAUACGAAGUGAAAUCUAUGAUAAUGGAAAGAUGAAAUCAACUGUUUGUCCAGUGAAGUUGGCAGAGGUGAAAUCAUAGAGCAGGAGAAAGUUAGUACAAAAUAUAUAUAUGUAUAAGGUUUGCAAGAUGUGCUACACGAAAAUAAAUAAAAGCGUAAAUAAGACAAAAAUUAAGGAAAACCACAUGCUAAAUUAGCUGAACAGUUGAAAAAAUUGUAUUAAUCGCAAUACAUUGUAUCGCAAUACUCACUAUAUCGCAAAAUAUUAGAAAUUGCAAUAAUAUCGCAUGAUGGCCCAAGUAUCGUUAUAAUAUUGUAUCAUGGCCCAAGUAUCGUGAUAAUAUCGUAUUGUAGCCCAAGUAUUGUGAUAAUAUGGUAUCAUGGCCCAAAGUAUCGUGAUAAUAACAUAUUGUAGCCCAAGUAUCGUGAUAAUAUGGUAACAUGGCCCAAAGUAUCGUGAUAAUAACAUAUUGUGGCCCAAGUAUCGUGAUAAUAUCGUAUCAUGGUCCAAGUAUCGUGAUAAUAUCGUAUUGUGGGGCCACUGGUGAUUCCCGCCUCUUAUUAUUAGUCUAUUGUAGAUAAAACUUUGACUAUUGUUUCAGCUGUGAUUUAAACCUUAUGAGUCUGUACCCUGAUAUUGUGCUAGGGCUGUCACAAUAAUAUCAGAUCGUCACCUCAUGAAAGUCUUAGAAAAUUCAUGAUAACAAUAUAAUCCUGUUGCUGAUUCACAAAGCUUCCCACAGUUGAAAAAAAAUAUAAAUCGCAAUAUAUAGUAUCACAAUACUCACCAUAUAGCGAAAAUGUUAAAAAUCGCAAUUAUAUCGUAUUGUGGCCCAAGUAUCAUGAUAAUAUCGUAUCCUGGGGGCACUGGUGAUUCCCACCUUUAGAGAAAAGCAGCAUUAACUCCGAGAAUAUCUUAGAAUGCUCGAAACUGAUUGCUCACCAAUCCUCAUUUUCCCAUUGCUUUAACUUUCGUGAGUAAAAAAGUUGUCAUAAAUCACAAUGGCUGCAGGUAAGGAAUGUUUGUUAUUUAAAAAAAAAAAAAAAAGUCACAUUAAGAAAUGGCUCUCCUCUGCAGCCGGCUCUGUGCUCUCCUCUGUGCUCAGCUGGUGUCUGUGUUUAUUUUUAAGCGAGAUCAGAUUCUGAUAAGACCGACCCUGACACUGUUAUAACACCCGAAAGCAAAAAAUGUGCGUAAAUAGAAGUCACAAUUCAUUAGGGUUCAUAAGUUUCCUGAUCAAAUAACUUCAGGUUAGAGGGAGAUAUAAUCCAGCAUUGACUCCUAAGGGUCAAACAAAUAUACUUGGUACCCUAACAGGAAAGCGUUAAAAAAAAGUUAUUUUGGCACCCUUCCCAACCUUUGAUGAUAAAAUUGCAAAUAAUUGCUUUCCAUAUUGAACCGGACCAAACCACUCGGUGGAACUGCAGCAGAGGGGUCUUGUGGUUUGUUAUUGAGCCAUUACAAUCCCCACUAGACUUUGGACAUCAUCAGCGCCAAUAAAGAAGCAUGUUUAUUUCCCAGUUUAAUAUGGCAGAUGUUGACUGGCGCUGCAUUUUGAGGCUGACCCAAACCUAAUCCAGCACUAGGGAAAUGAACUUAACCAGACCCUGAUGCUUUUGCAGCUGAAUGGCAGCAAAAUCCUUGAAUGGUUUCCGAAUCUAACAAACACCAACAUAUGGUUUUACAUAACCUAUAUAACUGAUACAUGGGUGAAACUUUCUGUUUAUCUUUGAUAAUAACAUUUAAGAUGAGUAAUUUUUCAAAUAGAUGUGUAAAAAGGCAAAAUACAGAUUAAUUGGUGUUGCCACUAAGAAUUUCUUUCAGUCAUGCUUCACAGUUUUGGUGAUAAAUAAACAGAGAUAUUAGUAUUCAGGCAAUUUUAUUUCUUAGCAGUGUCUAUAAUGAUCGCAAGGUUUUUGUGUGCACAUGCGUGUGUGUGUGUGUGUGUAUGCGUCCUUGGCGUAAUUGGGUUUUCUUUCCAGUGUCUCUCUCUGCAGGGGCAGGUCAUCUCUCCUGGCCUCUCCCUGCAGCAGCCCUGAUGACAACACUCAUCACCCAGCACACUGGUCCGCGGCACGCAAAUGCAAUACAAAGACUGAGUACCACCAUGUACUUGUCUGAGCGUGCACUCAAAAUUGGUGACUGUAGAAGAACCCAGAGAGGGUUUGGCUUCCUAAUGUGAAAGCCUUUCCAACCCAGAAAGUAAAAUUAUUAAAAAAAAAAAACCCUGAACUUUCAAGCAGGUGUUGUGCUUGAUCUAUGCAUAUUGCCCUGGACACACGUAACAGAGAAAUUAGGCCAUCUUUUGCAUAUUUAUGAGUUGCACCCCUCAUAAAUUUAGCUCUUACCUUUGCACGUUGCAGAAAUGAAAUAUUAAUCAGUCUAAAAGGUUCCUAAUUUGUGCACUGAGAAGUUUUAAAAAGAACACUGUGUUUUAAUAUUGCAAAGAGCAUUUCCUUUAUUUGCAAACAUAAUGACUUAAUGAAAAUAUACUGUGUUAAGCUCUUUACCAAAACUUUGCAGGGAACUGUCGUUUUGAGACAUUUGUAUAAUGUAUUUUGUUAAAACAGGCCUAAGGAGAUGCUUCGUAAGAGACUGGUCUGUUUCAUCCAUUUCAAAACACUCCUCGCUGAAACUUAAAAGGGAUAUUCUGGAGUAAAAAUAAGUUGGGGUCAAACACACCGCAACACCGAGUUAGACACCCCCUCGAGAGAUGAAUGUUGCCAACUGCUUGCUUCUCUAGUUAUACCAACUUUAGUAAUGACUGCGCGAUAGCAAUACACAGCGGUCUAUCAUCAUAAAUGUUCUUCCUUGAGCUGCGUAACUCCGCUGCACUUGGUGAUCGACUCGUCGGGGCUCCCCCCAAAAAUCAAGUUGCUGCUGGAGGAGAGUGGGUGAGUUGUGUUUAGUCUCUUUGAGACUAGAAAUAAGGCAAAGCUAGAAAGAUGUUUGAUGGCUAGUACUUUGGCUGGAACCCUAUAUGUACUGUUGAUGAAGUUAGGUGCUGUUCUGAGCAUUAUUUGUGGCUAUAGAGUGGCGUUUUGGUUGAGGUUUGCCCGUGGAUCCAUAGACCGCUGUGUAUUGCUAUUGUGCGGUUUUUAAGGUGUUUUUUUUUUUUUUUGUUGGUAAUUUUACAACGAAAUGUCAGUUUAAGUUUUGUGUUACCUGUCCUUUAAACAUGUAGCUUACAGUUUAUGGGCCUUCCCUUUUGUAACCUGAAACACUGCAGUCAAAGUUACAGACAGCAGAGGCUCGUUCUGAUUUUGUUCCAAAUGUUCUCAACUUUUAAUCAACUUUAUUUAAUUUAAUUAAACCAAUUUUUGUUUUUUGUAUUCUAGGAAUAAUAAUAAUAUUCAUCUGCUCACUUGUGGCUUUGGACUCAGUCUCAAAUUUGAUUGUAGAUUUCAGGGAUCUAAAGAAAAAGAUGAAAACAUGAAAGCUUGAGUAAACACAUGGUGUGGCUGCAUCAUUUAGAGAGUCUGCAAAAUUUCCACUUAUCAGCUACAGACUCAAAAGUUAAUUAGUUACCUUGUUAAUAAGGUGGUUUCACACCUUGUUUGUGUGUUUGUUUGUUUGUUUGUUUGUUUGUGUGUGUGUGGUAGCUGAAUGGAGUUGCUAAUUAUCUAGGACUUAAAAAGCUAACAGAGUUUUUAGUGCUGAGUCUGUACUCACUUGCUCAUUAACAUCUCAAACUAGAUUGCUUAAAAGAAUUAGUCUCAUAGCUACAGCCAGUCAUUUUCUCCUAAUAGAUAAACCAAAAAUAUUCCAGCUCUCGUGAAGGGUUGCCCUGCUAGUAAGUGCUAAACAAAAAUAGAUAAAAUCGUGUUUCUCUUUCCAAAAUACCAGGGUGCAGAAAUCCUGGGAACAAUGAAGAGCUCAGUGCGCUCUUAAGACUUCAAAUCUGGAGAAGUAAAUAGUCACUUGUGUCUAAUAAAGCUAGGAAUAGUCCUGGUUUGAGUAGAUAAUGCUUUUUCUCUGAUGCUCUAAAGGGUGGUUGAACUCACCCUGACCAGCUUGUAAUCGUUUGUUGCGAAGCGUUGUUACUGUGUUGUUAUUUGUUCCUGUGUGUAUCUCUUGUGUGAAGCAUGUGGUAAAUUUAGCCCUGGAUAAUUCUCCGCUGACAGCCUCUUGGAAACCAGCCUUUUGUCUCUCAGAGUCUAUUGUCGCUCUUCAUGUUUCUGCCAACAAGCCCAGACUGCUUAUCAAUCCAGCAUUUAAAGAAACAAGUACAGAGUCCAUAUUGAUUGCAGAUAAAACCCAUCACCUACUUGAUUUUACCUUUUUUUUUUUUUUUUUUACGGCAUCAGAGCUGAACUACAAAUGAGACAACAUCUUGUCUGAAGGAUAGGUGAAGCAAACAGAUCAAUAGUGCCUCGCGAUGCGUGCGAUGAGUGUUGUAUGGCUUUGGAAUUAUUGAAUGUCUAUACUGCUGAGUCACUAAAUUUACUUCACACAGCUCGGCCCCUCACUCGUCUUGUUCGUAGUGGGGUCUCAACAUUUGUUACGCAGCAGGAAUCCGUCCAAGAGAUCUGCUGGGUCUGUAAGAAAAGGUUGGAAGUUUUUUUUUUUUUUUUUUUUUACAACAAUUCCUACACAAGCGAUAACUUUCUAACACUCACAGGAAAGUUAUGUUCUUCCCCUGCUUUGACCUCAACUUUAUUCCCCGCUCCUAAAAUUUCAGGUCAGGUGGAGCAUGUCUUGUCUAGCACCUGAACUUGUUUGACACACCGUAAAGCAAACUUUCACUGGGUUGGGCUACACUGUCAAUACUUAUUUCAGUUUGCAGGUUCAAUACUUUAUCUCCUCUCAGCUGGAGUACACUGAAGGGCUUCAAAAUCACCUGCACGUGUAAUACAAAUAUCAACAACACUCUGUUUAGACAGUUUGGUCCUAAACUCAAUUUCAUGCUCUUUGCCCCAAAUACUUAAAGCACAGAGGGAUACCUUUCAGUGUAAAUGGGACUGAAAAUAACAUCCUGACCCCCCACUUUGUGACUCAAGACUUAGAGGGUGCUCAGUGACAUAGUAUGGAGAAGUUAAGAGACAUUGAAGUGAUGCAAAUAGUCAUUUUAUGUGCAGUAGCACCAAUCCAAUCUCACAGCACAGCUGUUUCAUACUCUACUGAACAGUGUCAUUGCAGGUAAUACACCAUUACUGCAAAAACGUGCUUGUCCGUACCUUGUUUCACCAGGUGGGAACUCAAAUGUGGUGAUAUAGUUCCUUCUUACUCAGCUGUCAAUCCAUCAUUGCUCACUUUCAGAGAUUCAUCUGUUAGCUUCCUACAGACUGAGACGUUGACAGAUGAAUCUUCAGUGGAUGUUUUAUCUGAGAGUUAUGUCGACUCUGAAUUUACCUUGAUUUCAAGUCCCACUCAGAUCAUUUUUUACUUUUCUUUUUACUUCUUUAAGGGUUCUCUCAGUGGUCUUUAAAUUGUGAUUAUGAAGUUUUUAGCCAAAAUGUUAUCUGUGUUAUCUGUGUCAUUUUCAAGGGCUUUUCUUCUGCAGAGCAUCCAGUAGCUCAUUAGCAAUUCGCUUCUGAGUCGUGGGCGGAGACGGCGCUGCUCUCAUCCCUCCUCUUCCUGCUAGCUUGCAGCCUAACAUUGCUGGUGUAGUAGAAGUGGCAGGUGACAUAGGAGCUAUUCAGCUCUCGGACACUAAUGUCUUUGGGGGCAUGAUGAAAAUUAAUAUCAUAGUUAGCUUUGUUACGAGCAUUGCAAUCCGCUAGCGCACACACUUGUUCCGCGAUUGUCCUCUCUGUUUCUCCAAGUCUGGUCUGCAUAGCGGGGCUUCAGGGGCGGGGCUUGGAAUUGUGGCGUACGAAAUCCCACUGUGUCUGAGCCUGUCGUUUGGGUCUGCCAGAGAUUCACAGCGAAUCUCUGAAUGCAGAAAUACUCAGAAAUGCAAUUUUUGCACUUAUUUUUCUGAUGAUAUGUCCUGCGGCAUCAGAAAAAUGCCAUAUGAACAUGUAGACAACAAGAAAAACUGAGUUUUCAUUGAAGUGGGUCUUUAACCACUUUGUAAAAAAAGAGACUGAUCUCACCGAUGUAGCAUUGACUAUGUUAUAAAGAAAGAAGAAAUACAAACCCAACCAUCAGCUUUGGUCCUCUCGGCCUGAGCAUAUCUUUGGUGUGACUAUGUAUAAAUCAGGUCAUUGCUAAAAUAAAGCAUGCCUGCUCGGCAAAGCUCUUGUUGCAAUGCAGAAUAUUCUCUUGAAGCAUAAAAUCCGUCCAUGGAGGAUGAUUUUAUACCUCGCCCAAAGCAGGGUUAAACCAGAUUAACACAUUAAAUAGACUUUUCUUUGAUGGCAGGCUGGCUAUCUCUAAUGAGAGAAGCCUUUACUGUGGUAUCAUUCUAUUAGAAAAAAAAAGGGAAGAAAAAAAAAAAAGGGAACCAUUAUGCCCCGGAUUUCAUCAGAAUAUCACUUUAGAGAGUUCAAGUUUCUAGCUCUAUUUGGCCAAGAUUUAGCUCUGCUGGUUGGUGAGAUGAUUUUAAUAUUGCAUAUUCAGUGAUUUCAAUCCCAUCCAGAGCACAUGUGGUGUGUGAUUUUUCCACCCCCUUUCCCCAGUAUUAAUUACGGCCCCAAAUACCUGCUGGUUUUUGACACACUUGUCAGUCCUUUGAGAAUUCAUUCCAUCUGAAUAAUACCUAGUGUUUCCAAAUUUAUUCAGAUGUUUUGCAUAUAAAGUGCUGCGAAUCCUGUUGUUUAUUUUUAUUCACCCAGACAUGGUUUGAGCAGUUUAAGGGAUUUGGAAAGAAUAUUUCAGAUAUUUGUAAUAACCAGAUGGAUGCACUUCACCCUUAAAGCGUGACCCUCUUCAGAAUCUCAACCCCCCAACAUAUGUCGAGUUGAAAAACAAACCCUUCAGAGCCAGAUGUAAAUAAAACCGCCCCUCUCUGAAUGUCUAAUUGUAAACCUGAACAUUAACCUGUUUGUUGUGCAAAAAAAAUACAUUUGACGAAUAAACCAAAAAACAGAACUGAUGAUAUUGAUGCAGAAAUGUAUUUGUGGUUGCUGAGGUCCAUAUAAGGUCACACCAGGAUGUGUGUCGGGAUUUGGGUGGAGCUCCAGCCUGGCAAGGGUACUAACAGAAUGGCUAAGGUGUAGCGCAAGAGUGCUUGUUAGGACGGUUGUAAACAUCAAUGUGAGAACACAGCUUGGAUGCCAACUUCACUGUUAGAGCACAUCCAACCACGCCGAUAAUUCAUUUGAUUUUAAAGACAUGAUAAUUUAUGAUAGACUUGACACAACCGAAUAUCGUCAAGGCGAUCAGAGGCAACAUAAGCUACGUGUUACUGUGAGGAGACUAAACUGACUGCUUUUGUGAACUUAAGCUUUACACUACUGAAGAAGAAGAUAUGUCAAUAAAACAGUUUUUUGUUACGCUUUAAUUACAAUUCCAACAAUAACACAACGCCUGAGAUACUCAAGUGAGAGCUGCACGGUGUGAACACCAGAGACUCUUCAGAAGUUUACAGUCAUUUAUGCACAACCCAGAUUUUGUACAAGUCUGGACACUGUAAAACAGAAUCUGAUGGCUUUCAAAUCAAAGGCUUUAUUUAAUCGAAUACUGGAUGUGGGUUGUCCCAAGGUAUUUUUUAGUGUAGCCCCUUAAUACUGGUCCCACUACUUAACAGCUGUGCUCAUAGAGGAGAUUGCCCCCAUAAAACAGAUGAAAUUGUCACAGGAAUAGUCCUCCAUAUAUAUCUUAAAUAAUUCUCAUACCCUCAGGCAGCACUGCAUAAAAUGUAGACACAACUCUGAUGUGGAAAUCACUUGUUUCAAACUGGCUGGCCUGCAGCCCGGUGAAAACUUUUGGUGCAUCAUGACACAAAAAUUACAACAAAGGAGACAGUGCAGUUUUUCUGUCUGUGUGGCUGAAAUCCUCUUUGGCGAGAAUGGGGUAGAAUUGUUCUUUAUAUCCCCAGAAACUGGUUUCCUCGAUUCGCAGAUAUCCCCAGAAAAGUCUUGUCAAAAGAAGAUGUGAUGCGAAGGUGCCCUUGACCAAACUUUCUUGUGAUUUGUGGCUGGCAUCAAGUGAAAGGAAAACUAAUUUUCCAUCAAACAAAAACACCUUUCAGUUCCAGUAAUUAAAACAUUGUCGUUCUUUGUCUCAUUUUCAAUUAAACACCGGUUUCAAAUGAUUUGCAGACCAUAAAAUUACAUUUUUGCUACACAGGGCUACAACUGUCUUUAAAGCGGUCAUAGAGUGUCAUAGAGUCAAGGGGGGAGAAAUGUAAGGUGGAGGUGAUGUGUUAUGUAAUCUAAAAAAAAUGGUAACUGAGUUUUAGUUGUUUCACCAGCUCAUUCAGUCUGCAUAACAGAGCUAAGAGCUUGAUCUGCAGCAGUGCCUCUCAUAUAUGAAGUCUGAAAGUUAACAGGAGUAAAGUUAGGCUUUCUGUUAACUCACUGGCUCAGUGACAACACUGCACUUUAGAUUUCCACCCCUGAAAGCAUUAAGAAACCUGCCUCUAUUGGAGAAAAUUUCAUUUUUGAGAAAGCGUUUCCGUUACCUUGACCCAAAGUGUCAGAAACUGAUUCAUAACAACAAUUUAAAUUCAACGAUUUUGACCUUCGUGGAUUUUAAAAUUGAGAUGAUGGCUGUGAAAUCAGUUCUAUUCAUUUCUGAGGCGCCUGAUUGUAAUUGUGUAUUUGGACUGGGACUCUUCCUGCCAUCCACAUAAAGCUCAAGAUUCCAACUGAUAAAAACAACAAAUUGGUUUCUUCACAAUGACUCGCUUGGUUGUAUGCUCCAGACAUUCAGUAACACACAGUAAGCAAACAAUAGCUUCUUAGCGGGGUAUCUAGAAAUACGAGAUCCCUCUUUGCUGUGUGUUGAUGUUGUUAUUCAGGUGCAGAUGUGGGUAAGUGCAGCCAUGGGGCCUGUGAAUGAUUUAUUGGAGUGGAGCUCAGAGAGACGGCCUAUAAGAAUCUAAUAAGACACCAGCACCUGGGAGGGUUUUAUAUCACCUUGGUGGGGUAUAGGGCAAAACUAGGAAAUGGAGAGAGGGGGUGAGUGUUGGAGGAUGGAGAGAUAAAGAGGUAAAAGAACAAUGAGAGGUAAAGAGAAGACAAGAAGGAAGCAUGGGUAGUGUUUAAGAAGACAGAAAAGGACUCAGAAUUAUAGGACAUGGCUUAAUAUGAUAAGAUAUGAGAUAUCUGUUAGCAGUAAAAAAUCUGUCUAGUGAUCUAUAGUGUUGAGAUCUAUUCUAGACAGUAUCUGAUUUAAUCUUGCUGAAUGUGAGGGUUUGUGAUAGGCAGUUUGAUUUCCUGUUGUUGACAAAUCAUGACGGCAUUACAGGAUAGUAACAUCUCACCGCAGCACUUCAAUCAGGAAGGAAGUUCAGCAGUGCGGGGUUAGGACUUUUAUCAACGACAGAACACCAACAAGUCAUCACCGCAGCCGUCACUUCCUUCUGACAGGUAUUCCCAAAUGACACGCAUGCAGCAUUAACACAGACUGACAGCAGAGCAGACAAGGGAGUGCAGAUGAGAAGUAGAUAACAGGACAACCCUUCCCUUACCUUAUCUUACCUUUCCUUACCUUUACUUGCACCAACAUUUCUUUGGUUAUUGCAAACUUGGCUUGAUGCCACAGUACUUUAUGCUGCGUUCCAGUUACCUCAAGAGUCGGAUUUUGGAGCUGGGAAUGACAUUACACCCGAGUUUACGGAAUUCCAGUAAACAAGUCGGAAAACCAAGAUGGACACCUAAAGUUAGCCAUCGUUAGCCGUUUUUUACAAUUGUCGGCUGUCGUUAGCCAUUGUCAGUUGUUGUUAGUUGUUGUAUACACAGUAUUUUACUCUUAUAAACAUCAUAGCACCCUGCUCACAGUUAGACAUUGGUCAGUACAACGUAUAUCACUUAUUGCUUUCACAAAAACAAAACAGAAGUGCUUGUAAAUAAUACAUUACGAGAGCUUUCACUGUUACUCUUUACUGUUGAUGCGCUACGCUGCCAUCUUGGAUUCUGACGUUGUCGUAGAGUCGGGGCUGGUGACGAUCCUCCGACUUUCCGAGUCGGAAAUCAGACUUCAGGGGUACGUUCCAGAUGAAUUUCUUGGAAAUUCCAACUUCCGAGUACAACUGACAUGCAGCAUUAGAUAUAGAGUGACACAAUUACAAUCCUGAGGUCAUUCAUCAAGUCCAGGAAAGCUGAUGAUUAUGUGUGACAUUUUGAUCAGAUUGCCUCAGCUAAAGCUUCACUAUCAGAUUCCCAAUAAAAAGUCUAAUUAAACUCAUCAACCUCAUUUAUCUUUAAAUAUUAUAGAUAUUAUCAUCUUAAAGGAUGACUGGUACAUAUACGCUGCCUCUGUUUUGCUAACCAGGCCUGGUUGCUGGCAUUUUACAAGUCUUUGAUCCAAUUCUGUGUGCUGUAGCUCUGCCAAGAAGAAGAAUCCCCACAUGUGGCUCUAGUGAUAACACGACAUGAUCACCUUUGGUAGAGAAGCGUGUAAAUUAACAUGUUUAUAACAUUAUAUAUUCAAAAAAUCAACUGGCUGAAAAUACUUUAACAUGGUCUCAAAGUGGGGAGAGAAAAAAAGGUGAGAAAGCAGGAGAGUGUGUAGGAGUGAAGUGAAGAAGAGCGGGAAUGUGUGUCUGCAUUACACAAAAACUUUCUUUGUGGUGAGGCCUAAUGUCACCUGACAGUUGUGUGGUCUAUCAGUGAAGUGUGUUGAGUGUAUUGUGAACUGAGGUUUGUAUUCAAAGUGAUGAACACACACAUAGAUCUGCGUUAUGUAGUCUUGUCUGCUCCAUGAAAUGUCUAUAUCCUCGCUGCGCAGUAUUAUUCCAGAGCACAUCUCUCACCCACGCCUGGGUGCUGUGCCUUCCAUUGUCUAGGUUUGAAUCAUCAUAUUAAAGUUAAUUGUCCCUUAUACUCGAUGACUGCAGAACCAAUUCUGAGCUUUCUCCGUUCAUUGCAUCCUCAACUGUUGACCUACCUGAGGAGAUCUUAGAGAGGGCAACAAGUUCAUCAUUGGACAGUGUACUUUUUACUUUGCAUCAGUGAUACUGCUCUCAGAGGGCAAUUAUCAACUUUGUGAGAGAGAAGCUUUAAUGGUUAUUGUUCAGCAGUGCUGACCAUUACACAUCUGAGCAGUUUUAAGUUCACCGCACUGAAGUUACUUCUAAAAUAUCCAGCUAUUUGUCCACGAUAAAAGACGGGCAGUCUGUCUUCCAAAUAUUACUGCGACAUAACUGUCCACUCAUGAAAUUUAAUCACACACUUUGUUGGGUAUUCCUGACCCUGAGAGUGAGAAUGAGCCGUAAUAGUUUCCAAGAGUGGAAUUUCACAGUUUAGCAGGACACCAUUGGUCAAUGGUGAGCCACAUUUUACAACCGCUGUAAAAUCUAGUCGCACAGGUAUUUAAGAAGCUGUCCAGUUUGGGUGACACCCAGAGGAGUGGGGCUUUCGACUCUGCCCUCAGUAAAGACUUCUUCAGCAAUGAGCAUUUUUUGUGCCAAUGUGUAGCUCUUUGUAGUACAAUUCUUUUCCAACCUGCUGGCUACCCUCUUGGUUCUUGGGUUCAGGUAGCACUGAUAGCUACGAAGUAUUGAUGGACCCACAGCUUGUGACCAGUCCACAGACUCUCUUGUACUUCCCUCUAAUGAUCAUGUCUAGUCUUAAAUUCAGCAAGAGUAGACCACAGUUUACUUUAAAUGAAUGAUUAAGACCUAGCUAAGAAGUGGCGCCCCAACCUGAUCCGCAUGGCUUUCCAUCUAACCUCCAAUUUCCACUGCAUCAAGAACAGCUACAAAAAGGCUGUAUCUGCCAAUUGCAGCUGGUAGUAACCAUUCAAGUUAAUGUGUCAAUUUCCACUGGCUUCUCUUCGUUCCGCUGCAGAUUGCCGGACUCCACAGCUGAUCAUGAGAGUUCUAUUUUUUCUGCAGAUUGCCAGAGCAUGCCAGAUAAAUUCAGCACCAAUUAACCCGUGCUGGAAAAGAAGUCGGGCACAGACACAAAAUAAAACAUCCAGCUUCUUUUCAAAAUAAAACACUCUGUGUUCGUAUUUCACACCAUGCAAACAGGCGUAGAUGAACAAGUGAAAGGUUUUUAGACAGCAUUUCAUCCCAAUGACACCAUGGAUGAGGAGAUGCUGAUUCUAAAAGUCUAGAAGUGGGUUUCCUCCUCUAGAAGGACACAAUCUACUGCUUAUAUGAUUAUGUGGCCAUCGAGACAACUCGUAACCGCACGAUUGCACAUGAAUCUGUUGCUUCUUGUAAGUUCUUGCAAUUCCUGCUGUCCGUAAUCCGCCACAAAAUUCGCCUCACAAACGGAUUCAGUAGGAAAUGGUGGUCAGCGAAAAUCGACGCCGUUCCGGAUGCGGUGGAAAAAUCGGGGUUAGCUUGAGCUUUAUUUAUUAGUCCGUAUUGCUCCAGUGUCAACUAUGUCAUUCAGAACUACGACCAGAAUGAACAGGAAACCGAAUUAAACAAACUCCAGUGACUUCCAGCCUUCACUUAAGGCGGUCUCUUUUCAGAGAAUAUCAUCUGGACAGUGAUGAGUAUGACAGAGGAAGGUUCAGCGGGUCUUGGGAGACUCAGAGUCAAUAGGUUCAAGGAAAGGACAAUAAGAUUAUCAACCAUGACAGAGAUCAGGACAGACAUUACUGUCUUGACAGGGUCAUCCAUUUGGGAACCCCCCAAAAGGGAAAGGCUGAGUGGUGAAUUAUACUGACAUGCAAAUGCCUUAGGUCACUGUGGACUGUUGAGGGAGAAGGUGAGUCACGAUGUUGAAAAAUGGAGCGUAAUGUUAAGAUAACAAGCAAGUGAAUCCUUGUGGUAAUUACUGGUGUAAGAUAACAAUGACCCUUUUAAUGUUAACAGCUUAAAUUUUGUAGAAGUAAGUUGAUCAUCCAGCUAAAUUGAACCCUUUUUAAUGGAAUAAGAAAAUGCAGGAACGUACAGAUCCCAAGGUGAAAUUCAGCUCAGUCAGUGUGAGGAUUUGCUGUUCUUUGUUGUCCUUUAUCAUCUUUAUCAUGAGGAUCAAAAAAAUGUUACUCUGCGGUUUCCCCCGCUUGCAGUGUUGAUAUUAUGUCAAGACAUGCAAAUGCUCCCCUGUCUCAGUCUGUACACCUUGCACAAAAACCCUGUGACAUUGGUAUCCGCUGUCUUAUCUCCCUUUCUCAGCGAUAGUGAAGAAACAUGUUUAAAAAAAGGCUGAAAGAGUCCUCGACAUUGAGCGCCUCUGUGGGGGUGUAUAGAAAAACAACAACAAAGUGUGCUUUAAUGCUCAUCAUCUGCUACUUGUCUGUGUUUCUCUGUAGGAAUAAUGAUCAUGUACUUUAAAACGUAAUGAUUUCAGUAAGAUGGUCAUCACUUAUUGUUGCCAUGGCGCUGUAGGAGACGGCUCCCUCUCUAGUAGCUCUUUUGUACAAAGUGUUUUAAACAUAGACUGUAUAUAGAAUAGACAUCAUCCACCUCCUCACUGGGUGAAGCCUUCGCGAGAACAGCACCCCCUGGUGGUUGGCUGCAGUAUAGGUCCUAAAUCCCGCUUCCUCCAGCAAAAUGUAUGGAGCUGUAAACAGACUUUAGAAAUUUAAUGUCAAUGUUUCUCCCUCAUGAUUGCGAUGUUGAUAUGUAGUUACUGUUAGACUGGUUUGCGCUCAAAUCCUCUUUUUUUCUGUGCAUCUCCAUUUUUUACAUUAUCAUCAGGGGUUAUAAAAACAGGAAUUGAUGUCAUGUUUUCUAUGAUCGGCACUUGGAUUAGUCUUUUAAUUUCCCAGAGGCAACCUUCCCGAAAGUGCCAAUAAAGUUCUAUGUAAUCUAGUCUGAUUUUAUCUGAUCUAAUCUAAGGGUAACUACAGCAAGCAUUCAUACUGACGGAGACUGAUUUAGUCAAACGCUUCAAACUGACAACAUAAUUAGACUCAUGUCAUGUAUGGAUGUGACAGAAUCCCGCUCACUGUCCAACUUGCAAGUUUAUUGGUAACUUUCUUUGAUCGUCUGUCGCUUUCUCUACGAACCUGCCCCACGUAUAAAAACUUGUUCUAUUAUGUAUGGAUGUGACAAACCUCCUACCCACUCUUUGACAAGUUUUUAUCUGUACUGUCAGGAAUAAUGACCUACUGCUGAUGUUGUAUUGCAUCAGUGUACAGCGGCCGUAAGGAAAACAUGCACCACGGCGUAUUAAGUCCUAACCAUGCUCUGGUAGUAUUCAUGUGUGGGAGUAACAGAAUGUGGAUGUCAGUAUUUGCAAUUCUAUUAGUACUUUGACAUGCAGUUUUUAAUCACAGUUGGUCCCUCUGCAUACUCUGCAUAUUGUCUUAUAGUAGCAAGACAGGAGAUAAGAGACAGACGACCAUUAAUGGCAGAAUUAUUCAACCCAAAUGACUGAACAUUAUAAGAAAACGGAAGUGUCUUCCAGGCAAAUUUUCAACCCACUCUGCUCAGAAUUUACAUUUUUUGAAAUCAUGAAUCUGGCAUUGCCGUCAAACCCUGUUUGUUGGGAUCCUGCUCAACACAGCACAUUAACUCAAAGGUUCAAAACCGAACCAGCAAGGCAGAGGAACACGAGCGACUCUGCGCUUGUCUUCAUGCAUCAAAUUCAGACAUUACCUCAGAUCAGUGAGACACACGAAGACUGGAAUACACACGAAUUUGCCAAGUGUUCAAUUAUAGAUGGGAGAGAAUUAUCUGCUGAUUUUUUUUUUUUUUUCAGAGUAAUUUGCGACAAAUGCUAUUUCCCUGUCAGAAGUUUCCCAAACACGAUGAAGCUUGUGCUUUUCAAUUCCAGCCGCUGUUAAUGAGACUGUCAUUCAGAUGGAUGUUUGUGAUGAGCUGAGUGUCCUGCUUUCAACAUGCAAGCAAAGGCAGACUCUUGUCAGCAUUGCCAUGGUUACCUCAUAGCAACUGAGAGACUGCUUGAAAAAGGCACUGAUAUAAAUAAAUGGAUGUUGCUUUUUUUAAGGUCAAUAAAUAUUUCAGAUUAGUCCUACUGUCGUUAUAGGAUUUGACAAGCCUUUGAGGGCAAAUGCUGCUAUUUUGGAUAGAAGUUGCCAACAGCUGUGCCCGUGUGUAUUGACAAGUAUCUCUCCGAAAGAAAUGGAAAAUUCCCUAAUGCAGCAAUUACCCAGCUGUGGUACUCUGAAGGAAACCCUGGCAGCGAAACUAAAUUUAGAAAUCUUUUCAUGAUAGCUAUUUUGUAUUCUCUUGUUGUCUCUGGCACAGGGGUUGCAAAGGUAAUACAGUUGAAUUCACUCUAACUCCAGUGGCCAGGUGGAAUCUCUGCAUGUGAUAAUAAUGUACAUAAAUUCUGCUGUUGUUUCUCUACUGGCCUAUGAGUAAAAUUUAUGAGUAUUUGAUCUCAGUUUGAUUGAAUAUAGACAUUGAAGUCUCAGAAGUUACCUGAUAUGUUUGAUAAAUUGCAGUAUUUUUCUGUUUUUCUACUCUCUCCUGCCACGAUCAAAGAAAUCAGGGAGUUAAAUGCAAAAACGAUGUCCUAUUUUCUGAUAAUCUAUUGAUUUUGCUCAGGGAUUAACAGUUCCUGCAGAAUUAAAACUUUUUAACUAAUAUGCAGUCUUGCUUUUCAUGAAAACCAACAACUGAAUAAUCCAGAGAUGUGUGUAAUUGGAUUUUUGCCACAAAUUGAUCUGCUAAUAUUUCCAAAUCAAUUUUGGAAGAUAAUACUGUGCGCUAGGGCUGGGCGAUAAACUGAAAGUUUUCCGAUACCGAAAUUUCGCCCUUAUCGGUAUAUUCGGUGUCAAAAAUAAAUAAACAAAGGUUGGUUUUGGAUGUGUGUUGGUAGGCUUGUUUCAUGUCCCUUUAAGAUGCCGUCCCAUGUUGGAGAAGUGACUCCACCCCAUCCAGUCCGUGACAAAGAGGGAAAGACAGGUGAGGAGAUGGAGGACGGUUCAAAAGUGGUAGCGGCUGAAGUAGACGAAGUUAAUGUGUGAGGGGAUGAGCAACUUGUGGAGUAGUUAUUGUCCAUUUAUCGUUAUCGAGUUGAACUGCUCAAUAUAUCGUAAUAUUCAUUUGAGGCCAUGUCGCCCAGCCCUACUGUGCACUUUUUCCCAUUGUAAAGAAUACCAGGUCUCUCUUUGGUGCUAAAAUGUACCUGUACUCUUAUUGUGACACUAUCAGCUGUAUUUAUGAGCAACAUUUCAUUUCUGCCAAGACGGAUAACUGACUUAAUAAUUCAUCAUCUGCUGAUAACAAGAUUAUCCUGAUUAUGCUGUGCAUCCUGAAUAAUCACACUGUAGUGCCUUUAUGGAGAGGCUGUGGUUAAGUGUGAUAAUUUACCUCUUAUUUGCAUUAUUCACUGCAUCAAAAUUAUAAUGAGAGUCAUAGGACUGAGGGGGAGAAAAGAGGGUCAGCGGGAUGCAGCCAGUAAAAAGCCAUGAUGAGAGACCCUCUACUGGACCAUGCGUCAGUCAGGCCCCAUGCUACACACCAAGUCAACAUUUUAAAGCAGUAAGGAAGAAAUACUGUAGCCUAAUGCACAUGUGCAUAUUGGGCUAUGUUUAAAGCAAAGGCUAAUUAACCUAACUAAGAGGCAGCACAUCUGUUUUUUGGUUUGGAUGAGAAUCUGCCACACUUCUAUGUGUGUGUGUGAGUGUGUGUCUGUGUGUGUUAAAGGUUGCAGAAAGUUCUCCUGACAUCUGUGUGUGUUUUUCCUGAUUCUCUGUGUUUACGUGUUCUGCAUCAGCCUGGAGGAUAGCUGUCGGCUAAUCAGGCCACCGCUCUGCUAAUAAACUCCGCAAUGAGCCCCUAAUUAGUGCUUUAGCCCUUGUUUGAGUAGUGUUUUUGUUUAGAGUCUGCGUACAUAGCUGAAUUAGUCUUUUGUGUACUUCAUAGAAAGAUGUACUGUAUGUAUUUUAUGUUAAUUUACCCCCUUUAUACAUACUUUUCUUUCUGUUCUUUAUUUCCACGAUGCUUAAGGUCAUUAAUUCAAAGAGUUUAAUGUUGUGCUUGUACGAUACAGAUGCUCCCUUAAAGGAUGAUUCCACUUUAUUUAAUGUUGUUCUCACAAAGAUUAUUAGGCCCCGUUUAUACGUACCCAUUCAUUUUUAAAAACAGAGACAUUAACCCUUCAUUUAGACGCUAACAGAGAAUUCGCCCCUGAAAACAGUACUUUUUAAAAACUUUGGCCAGAGUGGAGAUUUUGGAAAACUGUGUUUGCUCGUUUGCAUGUAAACAGAGAAAAACUGAGAUUUGAGUAGCCAACAGCAGAUUGUGCCGGAAACAGGGUUAAAUGUAACAUUGUUCACUAUCUACAGUCUAUGUUUACAAUCUAUGGAUGCAUGCAGAGUAGCAGUCGCAUUUAUGCUGGUGCAAAAUCUUUGUAUUUGUUUGCAUUUGCAAAUACAAGUUGACAAGUUGUUGUUGUUGCUGCUAUGCGGGAUUUUGAUUGGCUAAUGUGGGCUUGAGUCUCUUGCUACACUGCCACCUACAGGUUUGGCAUGCUCUUGACGGCAUAUAUACACAGGUCAGUGUGAACGAAAACUUUUCGAAAACCGUAGUGGUGUGCAUGCAGUUUUUUUUUUGUAAACAGGGAGGGUGAAAAGUCCGUUUAUGAAAAUAGCCAGGCACGCUUGAACAUAGUCUUAGACUGGUAGUAAAACAGAACCACUAGUUUCCACAGAUAACAAAACUUUGAAGAAAACUUAAAGUUAGUGUGACUUUGCUGUCCCUGUAGUAAAAAACUGAGCUCACACAUCUACAGUGGGUACAGGCGAAGGAUGAAGCAGUAAGCAUCCCUGCAAACUGUGAUAGAUGCUCAUACUGGAAAGCUUGGGUAAUGUCCUAUUAACCUCAGCUCUUUAUUCCUGGUGUUUGUUCACAGACAGUUAUUUAUGUUACCUUAGAGAAGCAUCAUUCAGCUUUAUCUGGCAGUGCCUCACCUUCACCUGCUGUGGGAAGGUUGACAUCCCGUUGUUUUCAAGCAACUCAACUCUCCCUGUACGUGAAUGCCCUCCAGUCAAACAUACUCGAUAUUGAGUGAUUCAGAUAAAUUAGCUGCAUUAACCAUGAAGUCAGAGGCAAAGUGGCGUUUUAAAUGUAUAUUUUCCUCCAACCUUAAUUCAUCUGUGUGACCCAAAGUGCAGAACUUUUUUGAAAUUAAGUACAACACUGAGUAAUAGAAAAAAAAAUCUGCAGGGAAAUAAGACAAGGUGGCAAGAAAUUUAUAUAUUUUUCUUUUUUAUUUGACUUUGUCUGAAAAGAGAACUUUGAUAUCCUAAAGACAGAACAAAAUCUAGACUCCAGCCCGUCAGAGGCUUCAGAGCAGCAUGAUGAAUGUCCUCAGUGUGAAUAUUAUAGAGGAAUCAGCCUGGUUUCCUUUUCUCUCAGCUCUUUCUGUUGUUGUCAGAUUAAUGUGCUACUAUUUCCUUUUCUCUGAAGCCUUCUCUGUAGGCUUCCUUAAAAAGGCUGUGCUGAGUCGACAGCCUGUGAAAUCCAGGCUCCUUGUACAGAUUUAGUGUUCCACUGGAGCAUCUGAAUCUGCUUUGUUACAAACACGCUUAGUGUUAUAUCUGCCUCUAGAGCCAAAGGCUCUUUAAAUUAUGCUUUUGAGACAACCGCUGGUACCGACAUCAAAUCGAAUAAAGGAAAAAAACAGUGUUGUCAACAAUGACUCAGGGGUUUUGUGAUUGAGCAGCACACCCAAAUGAUGUUUAUGAGUUGCACAGAUUUAUUUGUUCUUAAAAACUCUGAAGGGAGGGAUACGGUACAGUGAGCCAGUUAGGCCAAAGAGAGUCCCAAUAGGCUGAGACAGGACCCUGACUCACAGUGGAGGAGUCUUGCCUCACCAACUGAACUUACUAAAUAAACAAACAAGUUAACCAAACAGAAUGAGGUGUUUGACACAGUGAAGUGAUUAGUAAGAAAGCUGGGUAAUAAUGGGGGAUAUUUUAAACUCAUAUUUACAAAAUCUAAAAUGUUUCAGCCUCCUCCUUUAAUCAGACUGGGGCAGAGGGAGGCACACUGAGACUUGAAUGUUAUAUCCUGUCAUGUCUUAUAAAUAAUAAUUUAGAGGAGCACACCAAAACUUCAAAUGAAUUUAGUUCCAAACGGACUCAAAGUAGUGCACUAACAUCUGGUUAUUUAUAUCCUAACAGAUCCUAGCAUACCUGGCUUUUACAUGAUUACACUUGAGUUAUUCUUAUUUAGGCUGUUCCCAAAACACAAGUACAAGUGACCUAAGUUUUACUGAGAAGUUUGGGAACUGAAACUGACUAAACGUGGUUUUGCUACCUCUCUAUGAGCCAUAAAGAUAAACAUUAAAAGUAAAUAAGACUGUAACACCACUAAGUCGCAAAUUCACUGAACAGAAGUAUAAAUGCAACAAUUUCUUUUUGGGACAGUCUAGGGCACACCUGUGCAAUUAUCAUGCUGUCUAAUCAGCAUCUUGAUAUGCCACACCUGUGAGGUAGAUGGAUUAGCUUGGCAAAAGAGAAAUGUUCACUAACACAGAUUUAGACAAAUUUGUCACCAAUAUUUGAGAGAAAUAGGUCUCGUGUACAUAGAAAAAGACUUAGAUCUUUGAGUUCAGGUGAUGAAAAAGGGGAGCAAAAACAAGAGUUGCAUUUAUAUUUUUGUUCAGUGCAACAAGCAUUAAUUUCUAGUUUAUAAAGCACAUAUAAGACCUGAAAAGAUACUUAUAAAUAUUAAAGAUGUUGUAAAAUGUUGUUAAUAUUAGCACUAUCAACACAUUGAUUUUUUCAAGAUUACUAUAAGUUUACAAGCCUUAAAUAAAGUCCUAACUAACAUCUAUUAUGCAUUAUUAGCUCCCUUAUAAGCACUGACUGGAUCUUGCUGUUUAGAUGUUUAUUAAAAUUGUUCAGUAAUUGCUCAAAGUGCCUAACACAGACAUGAGAAGAAUCAUUACAGGGGUCAGAAAAAUAGAUUAAAAGAAAACAUUCAGAAACUGGACCAUUAAAAUUUGACAUCUGAUUAAAUAAAAAGGUAUCACGAUGAUCAGUUAAUAUUGAAUGGCUACUUACAAUAAUCCGCAUCAAAAAUUGACUUUUGUAGCCCUCUCAUCAUCCUGGAUUAAUUACACUUCAUAUUAAUGCCAUGUAAGGAAAAAAAAAAGAUCCUGUGUCCCUUUUUAACAGCUCACAAUCCUCAUUUGCAGCUAGUGGAUUCAAAGUAAGAAUACUAUCCUAUCAAGAUUAAUGAAAGUUGUCUAAAAAAGGUCCUACAUGUGAAGUUAACCUCCACACAACAGUUUGCCUUCCUCGCCUCUCGUGUCUUUUUUUUAGUGUAGUGUUUGGCUCUUCCAGCAUGUAACUUGACCAAUGACAUUUCAGCCUCCUAAAAUCAUUUCUAUGUCAAAAUAAGUCCAGCAUGCUCUCGCCCAAGCUCCUGAGGUGUUGUAGAUGCUGUCUAGAAAAAGGAGCUGUUAAAACGAGAGGACGAGCUGACGCUCUGACUUAUUGCCACCUCUAAACAAACUGCUAUUACCUUGGAAAUGCUGUCUGUGCUGUAUUGAUGUGUGCUGACAGAGUGGAACCUAAGUUCACGGAUUGGCUUUUGAGGGUGUCUGCGCCUGUUAGUGUGUGCCUGUCAUUUCCACUUUCUGGCUGCAUGGCUCCCUGCCUCUCCUGCUAUCUAGAUAACUGCUUUUAUGCCAUAAAAGUGUGAUUUGCUUUGUCAGGGGCUUUGCAUCGUGCACACACACUCACACACAAACAAAAUGGGACUCUCAGUAAGAGAUGAGAUGGUAAGUUAGAAAGAGAGAGGAGAGAGAUCAAAAGAGAAAGUGAGAUGGACAUGCUGGGCCAGACAUUUAGAAAAGUCCUCCUCUAAAAGUCCUGCUGAGGACCAGUUCAGUAAAAGUGAAAUGAGAGUGGAAAAAAUUAAAUAAAUCGAGAUAACUCAGUUUUCUGGUGCUUUUUAUAUUUCAAUCUUCAGUCCAAAAUGUGACUCCAGGUAAAAGCCAGAAUUGUUCUUCAAAUGAAUAUAUAAACUCAGGAAUGCCCGAUACUUAUAAAUCUGUGCCCAUCUGCUUGUCUUAAUAUCCUCAAAAUUAAUGAGUUUUUAAAAGUUACCCCCCUCAAACUGUUUGCUCAUACAAAAAUGCUCAUUCUUUUUUUUUUUUGCAUAAGCAGUCUGGACCCGGCUGUGAAGAUCUUUACUUUUGUUGUAGAAAGAGAGCUUUUUAACACAGGUGUUAAUGGAGAUAUCCUGGUUUCUGCUGCCAGCUUCACUCAAGGAACUGCAUUUUUCAAGAUCUGCAUGGCUUUACUCUUCAACACUGACAGUUGACGCUAUGUUGAUUUAUUGCGCCUGCCUUUGCAGAUCUAAGAUCUGUAAGAAAUGCUACUUUGAAUAAAAGAAGAGACAAUUUUGGUAAGAAAGCUGUAAGCGAGGACUAGCAUGUUUCAACAACAAUUGCUGACUGUUGUUUCUAUUCUGCCGAGUGGGUUAAUUUGCUUUGUGUCAUUCAACAUGCUUCAAAUGAAAUAUAAUUGUCUUGUUCUCCUCAUAUGCUCUGGAAGAAAAACACAAACGUCGGUGUUCUGUUCACAGAUUCACAUGACAAAAUAGUGUUGUGUCGUUUGGGAACGAUUAGUUCAAAGGAACCGAAUCUUUUAAGUGAACAUACUGAACCGAAUGACUUCCUCAAGUGAUGAGUGAAAUCAGAAAAUAAAUCACACAUUAAACUACACUCACUUUUGUCAGACAAAACGACCUUUUUUUUUUUUACUGCUAAAUUGCCACCACAACAACUUGCAUACAAUAAGACACAGCAUGUAACAAGUGGUGCAUCAAACCCGCAGCAUCCUAUCGUUGCAGCGGUUUGCGAGGGAACGGUGCAUGUUCAGUGUGAAGUCUUGUAAAUGUUCACUGAACGAAUCACUCACUGAGCCCAAUUUACCGAGCAGACCUGAUAAAUAGCCACCACAGUACAAUCAAAACAUCAUGACUUAUUAAACAAGUUCAUUUUUACAAACCUGUUUGCCAAAGCAACACAGCCAAACACUUGUAUCCCGGUCCCAGAAGCUAUGAAUUGAACUGAACCCUGAAACGUUCAGCUGUGUAGCAGUUCAGGAGGUCGGAGUCACAGGCUUCUUCCCCCAAGCACUGAAUGAUUCAGUGAUUUGGUGAACGAAUCUUUUGAACGAAUCUUUUUAGUGAAUUGAUUCUAGUGAUUCAGUACAUCUAAAAGAACUGCUGUGCCCAUCACUACAACAAAAGUGAAGUUAACUGCAGUAAUUAAAAACAACAUCUCAAAGACAAAUGAAAGGUGUAAUUUUCUCAACUACCUUGUGGAAUAUUUCCGUCUUUUGAAGAACUUGAAAACAGAACUACUCUUUUACAUAGUUCCUGUCUUCCCUUCCUGCUGCAGCGCUCCUACCAGUAAAACCUAUCAUUACCCUGUUGCAUACUACUGCUGGAGUUCAGUCUUUGGAAGCAAAGGCUUUUACGUAGCACCUUGUACCGAAUACAACAAAAGAAAAUGAUAUAUGUGUGGCCUUGAAGAGUAGUAGGGUUUUUAUGUGUAUUGCCUUGACUUGUUCAGACGAGGUGAGGGGCGCCGAUUCUCUUCUGUUAACAUCUUCUCAGACUGAUAGAAAACACAACAAGGGUGCUUGACAAGUGGGUGCUGACCACAUAUGAUUGUGACAAUAAAUCUGCAAUUUAUUCUAACCGAUAAUACAGAUAUUAUGGAGGAAAGAGAAAGCCAAGCUGAACAGUCAGUGCUAUGUGCUGUGAGAUGCUGAGAGAGGUGUCACUAAAUUGCCAACAUGAAUCAUGUGGGUGGCAAGACUUGAGUGUUUAAGUAUUUUUGACUGAGCUGAGUGGGGUAAAAUGUUGCAGCGUAAUGAGUCGUUGAAGCCAAAGCAGCUCAUUUCAAUGGUCUUAUCUUGCAAAAAUAAAGGAAAGCUUUGAAUUAUGAAGUAGGAUUAGGAGAUUUUUCAAUGCAGCUUUUGAAAAAGUUUCUAUUUCUCUGUUCUCUAAGUGCAAAUGUCCCACAGUGCUUCAAACGAAAAUAGUUGAAGGAUGUGUUGAGGACGAAAUUUGCUUUGUAGGGGGAUGGCAGGUUUCCUCGCAUUGUCCCAUUAACAGAAAAAGGUUUUCAGACGCUUUCUGACUCCUAACAAGCAUCCUGUCUGAACUAUGCUGAGGAUUAAAACUUAAAGCAAAAGCAUGUGAUAAUAACGAUGAUUAUGAUGUGCUUUCUUUCAGUGCCUGGCUGUGUGGGAGUCUUUUCUCCUCUCUCAGAGACCAGAGCCAGAGGAGCAGAGAGAUAUGGAGGAUGCUGCUUAAAGGGUGGAGAUGAUCGCAGCAUGGAGAUUGCCUCCGCUUUCAUAACAACAUAAAGUACACCCUCUUUUGUUUUUCCAGCACAGCCAAAUAAAGACUUUCCACAAAUGCAAAGAUGCGACAUGUAUGAAAAAAAGAAAAAAAAACACUAUGUCUUGCUGUAUUUCUCACUGUUUCUUCAUUCUCUGUCUGGCCAAAGUAAUAAAAAAACAUUCCAGUGAUGACUGCGUCACUAAAACUAAACCUGUGAUCCAAAUGCCCACAUACCGUUGUUUACAGGCUCCGGGAUGCACUGCCAAAAUUUACAGGGAUUCCUGGCUAAACUCUUCUGUAAAUUUAGUCUGUUUUCUGCAUUUCAGAAAUACCUUAAACGAAGUUACCAAGGCAACAAAUCAGAAAGUUUGUUAUCCACUUAGUGAAGAAGCAGCAGAACCCAGAGAGAAUGAGGGCAAUGCCGACUUCUCAAUGUGUUUUAGGAUUAGUCAUCAUGAAGAAAUGAUUUGUUGGUUUAAAUUGGUUUUGACUGUAUUAUUUGACAAAGGACACCUUUAAUGCAGAAAUGCAGAUCUAAGAAGACAACUUCUCCGAGUUUAGACACAGUAGUAAAAGAAAAGCAUCGCAUUUUAGACAAAACCACUGACUUUUUCCCUUUAAACUUUAAACAAAUCCUCUCAUGGAGCUCAGGUACUGACAUGGGUCCAGGGGAUUAUGUCUCUGCGGCCAAGUUUGUGUACUGAAAGGUCAUUCUUGUUUUUGUGAAUAAUAGUUUUAAAAAUGAUCUUUAGUCCUGCUUACUGACUCUUUCCUUUGACGUUUGGUUAAAAAGCGAAUGAAUGUAGGUGGUUGACAUUUUUUGGGGGGGAGGUCAAAACUUCUGUUGCCCUUGUUUUCUUCUCAGUGGCCUUAAAAAGCUGACAUGCUGCACAGUUUGAAAAGCUUAUUUUGUAAAUGGCCUGGCCAUUACAGAUGCCUAGAUAACAAGAUAGGGGCCAAAUAAGUUUGGAAAAAAAGCACAGCAGCUGUCUAGUUUUGAGAACACCUCGUAUGAACAGAAAAAAAAUUAGCUUUCUAAUUUUCUUCUUUAUUAUUUUGGCAACUUUUACAACAGGUUCCAUAUCAAAAGGGGAUAAACAAAGAGAAAGAGGAAUACAUUUCAUCAUGUCAGUAAACUUGAAAAAACUUUAAAUUCGUACCAGAUUAAUAUAGUCUGUGGCCAUGUACUGUGCUACCAUGUCACUAUGCCGUGGUGGCACAGUGAAACAUUUCAUUUUGGUACUAUUAAGGGCUUGAUAAGGUCUGAACACAGACACACAUCUGUGCCUUUUUUAGCAGGUAUUCGGACAUUUGCAGACAUCUUUGGUCUUUCUUUGAAGAGCCGUACAUCUCUCACAGCAGAGUCCGUUAUAUCUUUCAGCUGAAAGCAUCGUCAGGUCUUGUUCAUAGCGUGUUUUCUGAUUUUUCUCACUGGCCUUGACAUAUUGGCAGAGCUUGUACACCACAAAACCCUUCGUACAAAGUCACUGAAGAAAUAUAUUCAAAAUCACAGUUAGAUAACUACAUCCAAUGGAAUGAAUAACACGCAGCACUAUUGAUCUUCUGUCCAACAUUGUGCAGAAACGCUCUCUGAAAUUCUCGCAAGAUUGUGUUUUUGUCUGCUUUUUGCCGAUCGAGAUUCCAGUUUACAUCUGUAAUGACUUUGUAACUGAAUUAUUAAUCUUUUAUACUGAUGUAACCUUCUCUCUCAACAGUGCUUUUAUUAUCUCUAUUGAAUAUUUAAUAAAAGUCUGAAUAAAGUGAUUUUGACCUAAUAAUAAAGACAGAUCUCACACAUUAAAAACU